AUGGCGCUGCCUCUCUGCCCCUCGCAACAUGGCGGCCGGCUGCCAGCUCGGCGGCGCGGCGCGAUGAUGUCAUUGGCCAGGGCGCCGCUACGAGCCGGAGGCAGAGAGAGAGAGAGGCAUGGGCUUCAAAGGGCCGCCCUGCAGAUCGGAGCCGGCGGCGGCGGCGGCGGGUGAGUCUUGGGCGGAUAACAGCAAUGCGAGAGGGCGGGGGAAGUAAAAGAAAGGCUGGAGCCCAGCGCUGGGGUCCCGCUCGGUAACGUGCGAAGAAAUGAAGAGGCGGCAGUGGAGCCUCUGAGCAUGUACAGAGUGCGAACGCGUAUUCCCCGCCACCCGCUCUUCCUUCAGCCAGAAACACCACGUCAAAUAUUUAUUCGCGUGUUUAUUGCACUUGUAGCCCAGCUUUUUCUCGGUGUACAUACCCCCCCCCCGUCCACAAACGUUCUUAGAAGUUGAAGGGACUACCAGGGUCAUCUAGUCCAACCCCCUUUCGCCGCAUCGCUCGAACCCAUGACUCAGAUCCAUAGUCUCGUGCUGUACGGACUGAGCUAGCCACCCCCUCCAGAUUGAACCCCCACUACAGCCCUGUGAGGUAGGUUAGGCCGAGAGACGAGGCAGUCAGUGGCUGGGCCAGGGUCACCUCAGGGAACUUCCUGGCCCAGUGGUGGGGAUUUGAACCCGGGUCUCUCCCAGGGUCCUAGCCCGACACUGUAACCCUGAGGCCCUUAUAGCUUGCGCCGGAAGGGGGAGAGGCUUUGAGCCCUGGUCCCUCUCCUUUUGGGAAUUUUUAAAACCCCAGCCAGGCAGCAGCAGGGGUUUGAGGGAAGGCAUGGACGAGCCGUGGCUUGGGCAGAAAUGGGUGGGCAGGGGCAUUGCCUGGCAUGAAGCUGCCGAGAGAAAGGCUGGACCCCCAGCCAGGGAGUAGGACUUGUGCUGCAGACAUUCAGGCACUGGGAUGGAGACUGCCGUGUACCUGGAAUCCUGGUUCGUUUUUGCCGCCCUCGUUUUUGGCAACUGAGCAGAGCCUCCCCACGAGAAACUUUGCCACUGGGGUCAAGACCUUCCCCAGGCCUGGGUCAUGCCAAUGGAGCAUUGGUAAGAGAUCCAGACCCACUCUGGAUGAGGUUAAAGCCAGCCGGCCCCUUCCACCACCUGGCUGGGCUGCUGCAUGGAGCACAAAGGUGGCGCAUGCCCUUCUGGAGCUAUCAGGUGGGCAGGACCGCUGGAGAGUCUGAUGGCAGAGAGCGGGGCCGGCUGACUGUCCAGAUGAGGGCCAGGACAGCUGCUGCCUUCACCCCCCCAUUAAGUGACCCGGGGAGGGGUCCAGCUGACCAAUCCCAGCCUGCUGGUGGUCCUGCCCAGUUGGGUUGGUGCCAUCCAAUGAGGGCAGGGGGUGUUCAGUGGGGCCCUGCACAGGAGCCAAUAUUUCAAGCAGGCUGCAUUGCCUGGCAACCUGGACCCCUUCCAGCAACACGUGCCCAGCCUAGGCUCAAGGUCAUCAUCAGAUGGGCACGAAUUGGCUUUUGUUGGGGGCGCAAAAGGGGCAGAGCGUAAUGAAAUCAGACUUUCCCAACAGGCCAUGAGAGGGUGGUAUGUGUGCAGUAAGUCAGUAAUUUUUAAAACCCCAGCAAAACAGAAGCAGAGGAAGGAGGGAAGGUAUGGAAGGUAUGGAAGAGCCAUUGCCUAGGCAGAAAUGGGGGUGGGCGGGCAGGGGGAUCGCCUGGCAUGAAGCCGCUGGACCCCCCAGCCAGGGAGUAGGAGUGAUAUAAAUGCAGUAAGUAAAUAAAUACUCAGUGUCUUGUUUUCAUUGGUAGGAAAAUUAACAUGCGCUUGCAGGGGGAGGCUGGUUCAGAUUGACAACUCAUGGAGCUGCCAAUUAAACUUUACCCUGAGGACACUGUGGCUCCUCCCAGGGCCAUCCUAUUGUCAGUCUUGGAGGACUUGCCAAGCAAAAAAAAAGGUUUCUCUUUAAUCAUGCCUUGGGCUCAUUAACAUUCUACGGCUUUUUAAAUGUGUUUGCGGGAUGGGGGAGGGGGUUACCGGUUGGUCUUUGUUUUGGUUCUUUUUUAUUAGGUAUUUUGUGUUCUUGCUUUGUAUUUUCAUGUUGUGAACUGCCCUGUGAUCUUCAGAUAAAAGGUGAUAUAAUAAUAAUAAUAAUAAUAAUAAUAAAAAUAAUAAUAAUAAUAAUACAGUGGUACCUCGGGUUACAUAUGCUUCAGGUUACAUACGCUUCAGGUUACACACUCCGCUAACCCAGAAAUAGUGCUUCAGGUUAAGAACUUUGCUUCAGGAUGAGAACAGAAAUCCUGCUCUGGCGGUGCGGCGGCAGCAGGAGGCCCCAUUAGCUAAAGUGGUGCUUCAGGUUAAGAACAGUUUCAGGUUAAGAACAGACCUCCGGAACGAAUUAAGUACUUAGCCCGAGGUACCACUGUAGUUAUUUGUUGAUGAUCGGGGGUAUAUUAUUUAUUAAUUAAAUUUCUAUAACACCUUUCACCCAAGGAUCACAGGGCAAGGUGUGUGUGUGGGUAUUUAUAUUGAUUUAUACAAAUUUAUUACAAGACAGAAAGGCAGGAACUGGGUACCUGUGCUGAAUGAGGAGAACGUCCUUGCCCUAAUAGUACCCAGGGGCUAUGUGCACAAACUGUCCCCACACUUAUCGAGGUUUCCUUCUGUGUGAAUGAGAUCUAGAAGGCUGCCUGGGGGAAUCUUUUUCAGGGAUUCCUUGCCUCCUUCUGCAUACUGUAGUGAAAUUGUUGCGGCGCUGGUUUUUUGGUUACCUGUUUAAGGUGUGUUAAACAGGUGUGUGAUCAUUAUCUGACAGUUGUUUAUUGCUAGGGUUGAUCCAAAACAUUUGUGCAAAUUGCACUGGCAUGCAUUUGCUCGUUUUACACAGUUUGUUCCUCUUCCACAAGUCCCAGUGAGGGGCAAUGGCAAUAAAGCCUUUUGGUUUUGAAGAGUUUGCCAAGCAUGGACUGCACACUUUGAAAUGGGCUCUGCCAUUACAAGGACAAAAGGGUGUCUUCUCUUUCUUUAAAGAAAGCUGAGAUUUCUAGAAUCCUUAUUUCCAUUCCUGACACUACAUUAUAUGAUAGAUGUUUAUGCUCCUGAUUAUAGAAUUGUAGAGCUGGAAGGGCCCCUAAGGGUCAUCGAAUCCAAAUUCGGGACAGGGACCCUGGCAGCUCUCCAUCUAAUUUAAUGCAGCCCUCAGAUUAAGGUCAAAAGCACCUUGUGAGCAAUCAAUUCCCGAGCAUUAUAUCUCUUCCUUUGCAGUCUUGCCAACUUUUGGACCUUGCUUCAUUCACUGCCAGUUUGGGGUCCACCUACUAGUGCAGGCAUCCCCAACCUGCGGCCCUCCAGAUGUUUUAGCCUACAACUCCCAUGAUCCCUAGCUAACAGGACCAGUGGUCAGGGAUGAUGGGAAUUGUAGUCCAAAACAUCUGGAGGGCCGAAGGUUGGGGAUGUCUGUACUAGUCGUAUGUACAGCCUCUGCAGGGAGUUGCCCAGGAGGGAAUGCAGAAAAUGUAGCCUACACCUCAAUGAGGGGCAAAUGGGGUUCUUCUGCUUGGGAAGGGUGGCCCAUCUAGGAGAAGGAAAACUCUGACCCUAAAUUUCUGCUGCUUUGUGGGAUAUCUUCAGGGAAAGAAAAAGAGUAAAUCCUACACAAAUCUGGAGUGGAGUCCCUAAGACGGUUGGAUGGCGCCUUGUACACCUCCUCCUGGCAACUCCUGCAGCCAGACUGGUGCCAAAUGUAUUGCUCUGCUUUCCUUUGGACUGGGGGCGGCGGUCUUGUCUGGGCAGCCCAAGACCUCCAGACACAUUGCCCAGCCUUGCACCCCUUAGAGGUCACUUCAGUGCUUUUAACACAGCGGUUUGGCUUCAUCCCCAGAGGCACACUCCAUUGUCUCUCAAGACAGAUGGAUGCCACCUCCUACAAAAGUGGCCUCCCUCUUCCCCCAUGUGAACUUUCUGCAUGAAGUCACCUGGGGUGGAGAUGAUGUUUGUUGGCAGGGAUCUCAUGGGGCCUUCCUAUCCCAGGAGCUCCUGAGAUGUGGUGGCAACUUCCUAGCUCAGGCUUCUUCAAACUUGUCCCUCCAGCUGUUUUUGGAAUACAACUUCCAUGAUCCUUAGCUAGCAGGACCAGUGGUCAGGGAUGAUGGGAACUGUAGUCCCCAAACAUCUGGAGGGCCGAGUUUGAGGAAGCCUGUCCUAGCUGUCCUGCAUUGUUGCCCAGCAGCUUUGACACUCAAAAGGAGUACAAGAGAGGGGGUCAUUGCGGAUUGUGCAUCCUCUGGUCCCAAUUCUCCCCUUGCCAGUGGGCCCUUUUGCAGGCUCAGAAUUCCCAGGCCCCUUCAUACAUUACAAGAGCCAAGAGACGGACCCGAAAGAAUAAACCAAAAUCUAUAAAGCUGGGGCCCUGAAUCCUCUCUGUGCUUUGGGAUUUUAAAAGCUGGCAAGUUUGCGUUGAUUCCAGCUCACUGGCUUUACCCGAAGGUUGGUGUUCUCAAGUUCCUCUGAUCAGCAAAUGGUGUCUGAUAAGCAGGAAUUGGCGUCCACAGUGAUUGGAUUUCUUUGCCAGAGGGUAUUUCAGAUUCCUUCUGCUUUUGCACAAAAAGAAGAGAAAAAGAGCUUUAUGACUUCAUCCCAGUGUCAGUGUAUGGCUGGGCAAGGGAAAUUCCUUUCUCUAGCCCAAGGGUCAAGACCCUCAGGCUUUGUGUGCAGUCCUGCAUCAGGGCUUUUUAGGCCACAGUCAUCACCAGCCUUGCUUGGAUGCUUUUGCCUGGCUGGAGUGUGUUGUAACUGUGAUUGUGCUUCUCAUUUCCUGUAUGGAGAAGGGCAGGGUAGAGAUCUGUGUGAUGUGCAGAGAAACCUCUGACUUUUGUAUGGCUAGAAUGCAGCUCUUGCUUCACUGGUGAGAGUUCCAUCCAGAGUAUUGCCUCAGGAGGGAAGGCAGCCCUUGGGCCAGAAGAAGUUUCCCCAACCCUCCUCAAAUUCAAAGUGCUGGUUUGGGCCUAUGAAGCCUUAAAUGGCUCAGGACUGCAAUACCUCAAGGACCACCUCUUUCCAUAGGAACCUACCCGGACCCUGAGAUCAUCUUCUGAGGCCCUCCUUUCUGUGCCUCCUCCACGAGAGGUCCAGAGGGUGGCAACAUGAGAACAGGGCCUUCUCUGCAGUGGCUCCCCGUCUGUGGAAUGCUCUCCUCAGGGAAGUUUGCCUGGCACCUUCAUUAUACACCUUUAGGCGCCAGGCAAAAACAUUCCUUUUUAAUCAGGCCUUUGGUUGACCUGAUCAACAUCCUAUGCUCUUUUAAAAUGUGGCUCUUUUUUAGGGGGGUGUUAUUGAGUUAUUGUUUUUAUUUUAUAUAGUGUGAUCUUUUCUGUGAACCACCCUGAGACCUCCGGGUAUAGGGCAGUAUAUAAAUUCAAUCAAUAAACAAGCAAGCAAACAAACAAAUCAUUAUACACCUUUAGGCGCCCGGCAAAAAUGUUCCAGGUAUAGGGCGUGGUGACCCACAGAAGCCAGGUGAAAGGCUCUGGCAGGUGCACAUGAGGAUAUUAGGACAUGAGAGCUGCUGUUCCGGGCAAGAACUUACAGAACGAGUAACCCCGAGCUAAGCGCUUGUGAACUCACUUCGCCUCUGCUUUGUUUUGCACAUUCAGCAGGCUGUGCGGGAGAGUCAACAAACAAGGUUCUUUGUCUUCCAACACACACCAUCUUUCAUCUUCCAACACACAACCCAGCAGUAGCAGGGUUUGCUUCGCCGGAGAGAGAGAGAGGUGUGUGUUGGCUGCACUCCCAAACGCACUUACUAGAGAGUAAGCACCACUGAACAGAGUAGGACUGACUUCUGAGUAAACAUGCACUGUUGGCGAUGUCCCUGAAGAGGCCAGGUUGACGCAGCCAGGAGUUCUCUGGAAGGAGGCUCCCAUUUCCUCAUCUUCCUUCUUGCUCCCUGCCCUGCUUCAGGAGCAUGGCGAGCCACUGGAUGUUUGAGAAAACAAAGCCAUGGCCAUAGGGGUCCCUGUACAUCUUUUGGCUUUUUGCUGUCUGGGUAUGGGGUGUGUGUGUGUGUGUGUGUGUGUGUGUGUGUGUGUGUCUCGCGGAUGACUCUGGGGUUGCAGCGCUCAUCUUGCUUUACUGGCCAAGGGAGCCGAUGUUUGUCCGCAGACAGUUUUCCCGGGUCAUGUGGCCAGCAUGACUAAGCCACAUCUUGCAAAACCAGAUCAGUGCACGGAAACGCCAUUUACCUUCCUGCCGGAGCAGUACCUAUUUAUCUACUUGCACUUUGACGUGCUUUUGAACUGCUAGUUUGGCAGGAGCUGGGACCGAACAACGGGAGCUCACCCCGUCGCAGGGAUUCGAACCGCCGACCUUCCAAUCGGCAAGCCCUAGGCUCAGUGGUUUAUUGAAACAUCCUUAAAAUAUCAAUGACUUCCCUUCUUCGCUUUCCAUUUUGCAUACCAUAAAACCCUGCAUAUUGUGCAUAAACCAAACUGUUCAGUACUCGAUUUUGACAUCCAUCCAAACUUAUUUACACUGUUGAAUUUGUCUUAAUGCUGCCAACGUUUUCAACGUUUUCACAACCCUCCCCCCAAUAUAUUCAAUAUACAUUUUCCAGUCUUAGGCUAUGGGGUUCUAAUCUGCAGUCAAUCGCCGGGCAAAGAAAACAAAACAGCAAAGCUCGAUUGUUCCUGGGUCUUGCUCUCGGUGGACUUUUGCCUUUAGCAGAACUGAUUGGACGAGCUCCACCCUCGCCCAUCCCAGAUGAAAAGAGGAUGACUGAAUAAAUGGUUUUGUUUGGCUUCCUCCCAGGACCUCUUAGCUGCCUCUCUGCCUGGCCCUCUGCCAAGUCAGACAUUAACACGCUCACUGCAAUCCAUCAGUCCUUGCUGGUUCCAGGCUUCCUCUUGCUUGUGCCUACAGGGCAGCUGGUGUAUUUGCUCCAUUGUUUUCCAAAAUGGGUUUCCAGCGACUUGCCAGAUGUGGGUCCUUCUGCCAGGGGUGUGUCCUGUGCCUGCCCCAUUGAAGUGAGCAGGAUUUGUAACGUUCUAAGCCACAGUAAGGCUCCGCAGCCAUUUAGUAUCCCCCCAACUAUUCCUUGAAGCAGUUUGCCUGAGUCUUUGGUUUAUUCUUUAUCUCUUAGCAUGACUGUCCCCUGAACUGGAAGGAGAGGUAAGCGCUGCCAGUGGACCUGCCUGUUUCCCCCCUUGGCUUUAUUUAAUUUAAUCCUGGUUAUUUCUCACCAGGUUCCCCCAUGCCCCAUCCGGGCUUAUUUUGCCUCCUGGCUAACUGUCAGACUUGGGUGCUGCUGGAGACCCAAGUUGCUUCUCCCAGCCUUCUCCACAUCAUAACUUUCCCCUAGGGAGAGGGUGGGAACGGGGUAUAUCUUUUUGUUGUCCCACCCAAAUCUGAGUCUCUGAUCGGGCGAAAAAGGAGGGAGGGGUGUACUCUGCUGCCUCCUGGCCAGAACAAAUAGAUUUCAAAGGGUAGGGUGAAUGUUUUCUUAUUUCACUUCAAAUUGAGUUCAUUCACUUCAUCUCUAUACUGACCACAAGCCAUGUGUGGAAGUCUGCCACGAACUUGGGGAGGCAACUUCUCUUUUAUUAAUAUAUAUAUUUAAAUUAAAUUUAGAAUAUUAAUUUAAGCAACCUUAAAAUAUCAGUGAUUGCCCUUCGUCUCUUUCCAGGGUUCAUUUUGCAUAUCUUAAAUCCCUGCAUAUUUUACCUAAACUAUACCAUUCAGUAGUCCAUUAUUACCGUAUUUUUUCGUGUAUAAGACGCCCCCUUUCGGGGGGGGGGACUCCAAAUAACGAAAAUGCACUAUCCAUGUAUAAGACGACCCCUAAUUUUAAACUUCAAAAAAUUUAGGAACAAAUAUAGUCUUCUACAUGGAAAAAUACGGUACAUCCAUCCAAACUUGUUUACACUGUUGAAUUUAUCUUAAUGCUGCCAAUGUUUUCAAGUGUACACAAUUCGCCCCCCCCCCAUAUAUUCAAUAAACAUUUUCCAGUCUUCUUUAAAUGUAUGUUCUUCUUGUUCUCUUAUUCUGUAUGCUAGGUCGGCAAGCUGCGCAUAUUCCAUCAGUUUAAGUUGCCAUUUUUCUUUAGUUGGGACCUUGCUCGUUUUCCAUUUUUGGGCUAAUGAAACACAGGCUGCAGUAGUGGCAUACAUAAACAACCUUUUUUGACACCUGGGAAUAGGGAAACAACUUCUCUGCACUCGUUAGCAUAGGUGUGUGUCCGCUGUCCAGAAAGAACUUAUUGCAUCCUGUUUUAUGCCACUUGUGUUUUUUGCCCAUUGUCUGUUUAAUCCUGCAAUAUUGCUUUAUACUACCAGUCACCAGUAACUGGGUGGUGCCUCAGUCCUCUGCAUUGUAUAAGCCCCCACUGUUUUCAGUAUGGCUUCCCCCUAGCCAAGCGUUCAUAGGCUUGCAGUCUAAAUAGCAGUGGCCACAUCCAUGCUGAGUUAGAUUUGUGUUGCUUUUACUAUGUGGGUGGGGCGUCAUCGAGAAUUCUGAAAAAAUGAGCUGCUGCUUCUUGUCUGGCCCUCCGUGCUUGCGCUGAGCAAGUCCCAACAAACACGUGAAGGCAAGUUUGAGGAGUCCCCAUUCCUUAAUGGUUCUGCUUCCUAGAAUAUGAUUGUGGGUGGUUCCUGCACUACAAUAGUAAUUGUCUCCCACUUGGUGACGUGGUCUAUGGAAGCUGCAUAUUCAUGCUUUGACCUUCCGGCAGAAGCUGGGCUCUGUAUGAAACCCCUGUUUAGCACUGCCAGCUGAGGAUGUUGUUUUCCUGUUGCCUCAUCUGAGCAAUGUGGUUUAACCCUUGGCUGUUCCUGUGUCUUUCUGCUGCCUGAGGCUAGCACAGCUACACUCCUUAGAGCUUCUGUCCACCUCCUCUGUCUCUUUCUGAGGUUGGCCCCAGAGGAGAAAAGAGGUUUCUGUGUGUCUUGGAGCAGGAGCAGUCUGCCAAUGCUGCAAUCCCUGGGCAUGAAGCAACUGCGCCUUGGGCUCUCGCUAUUGUGAAACAUGCCAGAAGGAGAACAUGACCCUGCUCUUGCACCGGGAAGCUGGCUAAAGACACAGUGCGCGACUUCUGCUGGCUGGCCUGUUGAUCAGGGAAGAGGAGCAAGAAUGGACCAUUCCUGAAAGCUCAGCUUUAAUGCAAAAUCUACUGGGGGGGAGGCAAGUUCUCCACAAGUUGUGGUCAGGGGAACUGCCUGAGGAGGUUCUCUUGUAGGCUGGCUGCCUUGUCGAAUACCAGCAUUUGUUGUUUGUUUGCCUCCACGUCACAGGACAGGUAAGUGCUUUGUGUGUGCGCGCACGCAUGUGCGCAUCAUGUUCCCCCAGAGUGGGAGAGCAGGGUUCUUGUGUGACUGCUGAGGAAGGCACACUCGGUGACUAUUGAUCUCCAGAUUCCUGUGGGUCAGUAGGCACAUGUUGUUGGCUCCCACUGUGCAGCCCUCGCAAACUUGUCUUGUCUUUGUGGCUCUGUGCACUGUCUUAUGUGGAGUCUUCUUCUUCUUUGGCGAUCCCUCGUAGCCGAGUAAGAGUGUCUUCCAUAAACACGGUUUUCACAGUGAGUCUAUAAGUGACUGUGGAGGCCAUUUCUGGAUCCACAUGUCCUGGAUCCACAUGUGGGGACAUAGGUUUCCGGGCAGGAGUUGAUCACGGUUUGGAUUUUCCACGUGUGCCUUCCUCUUAGCACGUUUCUCCCUUGCAUCCUGAGUUUGAGUGUCUUCAAAGCCCAUGACACCUUUGGUAAAGGCUGUUCUCCAACUGGAGCACUCGCAGGCAAGUAUUUCCCAAUUGUUGGUAUUUAUACUACAUGCUUUUUAGCUUUGCCUCGAGAGAGUCUUUAAACCUCUUUUGUUGACCACCAGCAUUACGCUUUCCAUUUUUAAGUUCGGAAUAGAGUAGUUGCUUUGGAAGACGAUAUACGUAUAUAGGUGGCCGCUGGUGUUACCUGAGCAUUCAGGUGCAAAUGGCAAAUCCGACCUUCAUUGAGAAGGGCUUUAACACAUUUGGAAGGGAUUAGGUUUCAUCUUGUUCAUCUUUGUCUGGUCCAAACCUACCGCCAACUAGUUCAAAAUUUCUCCUGCCUCUUGGAGUUCAGAAGUUGGAAGCAAGAGAGUGGGUGCCCAGUGUCAAUCAUACGCAUCGUUUUGGGGGGGAUGGGAGUCGCCUUUCCAGCCACAUCUGGAGGUCUGUAGGGUCCCAGAAUUGAAAGUAGACCGGGGCGGGAACACUGGCAUUCCUGAUACUGUGAGUUGCCACCCGACAUCAGCCCCAGCCAGCAUGGCCAAUGGCUAGGGAUGGUGGAGCUUCAAGCUCGCAGGUACUUCAUCCUUGACGUAGGGAUUGAAAAGCACAGGGCCUGAGAUGAAAUCUUCUGGCUCCCUCUAACCCAGCGGCUAUGGAGCAGAGCAGCAGCCUUUUGGCAUCAGCUUCUGGAAUCUACACUCUGGGUACUUUCGGAGCACCAAGAGGUCCAGGAGUAUCCUGCUUUUCGCGUAUUAUCGGCACAUGGCCUGUUUUGUCAUUGCAUGUACUGGUUGUUGUUGUCAGAUCUAAUACAGGGAUUUACCUUAAGCAUUUUGAGUGACAAGUUUUUAUUUAUACUUUUCUUUUUCUUUUAAUUUUUUAAAUGAAUUUUAUUAGUAUUUUCCACACAACAACAACAGCACAAAAGAUAUCAAAAAAUAGCAAUACACAACACAAAAAAAAAACCAUUCGAAAACUAAAACAAAAAACAAAAAAAAACCAAAUCCAUGUCUUACAAGUUAAUAUUAUAAACACUAAAACAACGACAACAAGACAUUGACUUCCACCAAUCUUUUCAAUUUUAUACAAUUUCAUUAGUUUUACAAUCAAUUUAACAUUUCAAAGUUUGACUUCCUUUCCCCUCUUUCUGCAGUUCCUUAAAUUAAUUUUUUAAAUAUCUUCUGCAUAUCGAAAUUCAUUUAAUUUGCUCAUUUAUUCAUCUAUUUUAAAUAUAUACUCUUAUAAAACUGCAGGUUGUUGCAAUAAUCCUGCCAAUGUUCUUAUCUGUUUACAAUUUAUCUGUAAAUAUUCAAUAAACCAUUUCUUUUACAAGAAGCUUGUUAUCUUGAUUUCUUAUUGUUCCAGUAAGUUUCAUCAUUUCCACAUAUUGCCUAAGUUUCUGUAUCCAUUCUUCCUUUACUGGGACUUCUGCUUCUUUCCACUUUGGGGCAAGUAACAUUCUUGCUGCUGUAGUAGUGUACUUAAAUAAAUUUCUGUACAAUUUAGGUAGUUUUGUCCAUAAAAAUACCAAAAGAAAGACUUCUGGGUUUGUUUGUUUUUUAAUAAAACUUAUCCUUUUCAAUUCAUUGUAUAUCAUUUCCAAGGAAAUGGGAAAUUGAGUGGCAAGGACUCUGGUCAUGUUGCUAGUGUGAAAGGAAUGAGAUGCUGGUGACAAUUGAAAUUUUAAAAAAUGUGAAAUGGGGUUUCAGCUUUGAGAGGCCUCUCUUCCCAGUUCUUCCUCCUCAGUAGCCUCAGAAUGGGAAGGAAGGGAUCUGUCUUUCAUAAUAACAUAAUAAUAAUUUAUUAUUUAUACCCCGCCCAUCUGGCUGGGCUUCCCCAGCCACUCUGGGCAGCUUCCAACAAAAUAUUAAAAUACAGUAAUGCAUCAAACAUUAAAAGCUUCCCUAAACAGGACUGCCUUCAGAUGUCUUUUUAAAGUCUGGUAGUUGUUGUUCUCUUUGACAUCUGGUGGGAGGGCAUUCCACAGGGCAGGUGCCACUACUGAGAAGGCCCUCUGCCUGGUUCCCUGUAACUUUUCUUCUUGCAGUGAGGGAACCGCCAGGAGGCCCUCGCCGGAAGGCACCUCAGUGCCCAGGCAGAACGAUGGGGGUGGAGACACUCCUUCAGGUAUACUGGACCGAGGCCAUUUUCAGCUUUAAAGGUCAGCACCAACACUUUGAAUUGUGCUCGGAAACGUACUGGGAGCCAAUGUAGGUCUUUCAAGACCGGUGUUAGGUGGUCUCAGCGGCCGCUCCCAGUCACCAGUCAAGCUGCCGCAUUCUGGAUUAGUUGUAGUUUCUGAGUCACCUUCAAACGUAGCCUCACAUAAAGCACAUGCCAAUAGUCCAAGUGGGAGAUAACUAGAGCAUGCACCACCCUGGUGAGACAGUCUGCGGGUAGAGUCUCAGCCUGCAUACCAGAUGGAGCUGGUAGACAGCUGCCCUGGACACAGAAUUGACCUGUGCCUCCAUGGACAGUUGUGAGUCCAAAAAGACUCCCAGGCUGCGCACCUGGUCCUUCAGGGGCACAGUUACCCCAUUCAGGACCAGGGAGUCCUCCACACCCGCCCACCUCCUGUCCCCCAAAAACAGUACUUCCGUCUUGUCAGGAUUCAACCUCAAUCUGUUAGCAGCCAUUCAUCCUCCAACCGCCUCCAGACACUCUGACUUCCUUCACCUGCUGCCCACACUCCUCUCCUCUCCUGAGCGAUGGACCUGAUUCUCCUCAGGCCAGACCUUCCUUGCCUAAAUAAUGCCUGACAGGCAGUUCUCCCUCUGCCUCUCUUGCUUUGUUAUUAAUUUUGAGGCAUCUGGAGCUCCCCUUUCCAGCUGCUGCAUCCCUGUCAUUUGGAGAGCUCCUCCUGCUCCCUCGAGUGCUGGCCCAGAUAGCACUGCAAAUGGUCCUGUGGCAAAGUUUGGCUUUUCUUUACUCACACACCUGCUGGCUGGUUUGAGGGCGGAGGAUCCCAGGCAGUGGGUGAUAAUUAAAUAAAUGCGCCCCAAAGAAUUUGGGAAUUAUGUCCCAACAGUGGAAGAAUGGCGGAGUAAGAUGGUGGAAUACGUGGAGUUAGCAAAGCUGACGGAGAAGAUCCAGAAUCAGCGUGAUGAAUUGUUUCAAAAGGACUGGAGCAAAUUCAAAUUAUAUAUGAAAGAACAUUGUAAACAUUUGAAAACGUUUGUAGCUUUGACUUGAAAUGUUUUGUAAUGAGAAUAUAAGGAACUGAUUUACAUUUAAUGAGGGAAAUUUAAAAAUAAGAGAGAAGGUAAAAAAGUGGUUAUAGAAAUGCUAAGAAUAAAGUAAAUAUGUACAGAAGUCAGAAAGAGGGGCGGGAGGAGGUUGAUGCUUGGAUAGAGCAAUGUCUGAGUUUACUGAAUUAUGUAUGGAAAUUGUGAUUAUGAUAAAAUUGAAAAUGGAAUAAAAAUUAUUAUUAAAAAAAAAAAAAGAAUUUGGGAAUUAUGGAGAGAGAACUACCGAAAUCGUACAGUAAUACUUCUGCAAACAUCCGCCUUGUCUAGCGUCCAUUCCAGUGAACGUCCGCAGCAAACCCAGAAGUAUCAGAACAUGUUACUUCCAGGUUUGCCGCAUGUGCAGAAGCGCUAAAUUGCGCACGUGCGCAGACGCAGCACUUUGCCCUGCGUCCUUUUGGGCUAGCGGCCGGGGCUCCAGAAUGGAUCCCGGCUGCAAAACAAGGUACGACUGUAUAGAAAUUUAUUUGUGUAUGCUACUGCAGCCCAAAAGUGGAAAUAAGCAGAAGUCCCAGCAAAGGAAGAAUGGAUAUGAAAACUUGUGGAAAAUGCAGAAAUGGCGAAACUUACUGGAAGAAUAAGAAAUCAAGAUAACAAACUUUUUGUAAAAGAAUGGAAAUGGUUUAUUGAAUAUCUACAGAUCAAUUGCAAACAGAUAAGAACAUUGGCAGGAUUAAUGUAAUAACCUGCAGUUUUAUAUGAGUACAGAGGUCUCGUAGUACAAGCAGACAUUUUUCCACUUUGCAAAUGCUUCUUGGUGCUAUGUUGAACACAGCCCAAUGUUCCAUAAAGAACAAAUAUUUUUGUAAAUGAUAUUUCAAUACUUCUUUGGCAAGGCAUGCUAGUAGAUCACUCAGAGGUUCAUCAUGCUCCCUAUGAAACCAUUUUUCUCUUAACGUAGAAAAAUGACUCAUUUUUCUCUCGUCAAACUUUGGAGGUUGUGAAACCAAUUUGUUUACAUAUGUGUCGCCCAUCAUGGCCCACAGGCUAGAGAGAAUAUUGGCAACCUAAAAUCAAGCCAUAUCCUUCUCUUGAAAGAUCCCAGCCUACAAGUUUGUAAAAUAAUGUCUUGGAUGAAUGAGGGUGUACAAAGGCUGGUGUCACCUGUCCUUUUGGGGCCCUGAGUUCAAGUGAAGCCAGCAGUAGCAAUGUGUUGAACACUUGCCCUGUCCUGAGCAUCAGGACCCUGAUAUGACCUGCUCUGACAGGCUCUUACUCCCUGGAAAACCAUAGCGGUAUCUGCCGUGGAACCACCACUAUUGACAGGCCCACCUCGAUUCCUCUCCCACUGACCGUACAAUACUUCAAGCCCAGUUACAUGAAAAACACACGUUCUAUAUUGUCCUGGGUGCUAUAUAUAAUUUCUCUCUUGUAUGCAGGGUCCUUAAUGCACUGGGCCUGGAAGCAGCAUCGAUAGCCGUCAUGGGGCAGAGUGAAUCAGAGCCACAGGAGGAGCAAGAGGUAACGCCAAAAAACGAGAGACAUUGCACACACUUUUGUAAAUCAAGAAAAUCUUUUAUAAUAAUAAAAAGAAUGGGCUAGAGCUGUUCUGCUUUCCCACCUGAAAUUUGCCCAUCCAUCCUUUUUGCAGCUUUCCUUUAUCCCUGUUAAGUUUCUGUUGCUGUACAGGGAAACAGCUUUGCUUCUAGACGGAGACGUUAUUUUUGCUUGUUGGUUGGCUCUGUUCUUUUGAAGGCCUUGGGAAUCAAUGGGAUCCUAGUUAAUGAAUGAAUGAAUGAAUGAAUGGGACAUGGGUGGCGCUGUGGGUUAAACCACAGAGCCUAGGGCUUGCUGAUCAGAAGGUCGGCGGUUCAAAUCCCCGCGACGGCAUGAGCUCCUGUUGCUCGGUCCUUGCUCCUGCCAACCUAGCAGUUCGAAAGCACAUCAAGUGCAAGUAGAUAAAUAGGUACCGCUCCAGUGGGAAUGUAAACAGCGUUUCUGUACACUGCUCUGGUUCGCCAGAAACGGCUUAGUCAUGCUGGCCACAUGACCUGGAAGCUGUACACUGGCUCCCUCGGCCAAUAAAGCGAGAUGAGCGCCACAACCCCAGAGUCGUCCGCAACUGGACCUAACCGUCAGGGGUCCCUUUACCUUUUAGUUGCUGUCAAAGGAACAUUUCUUGUGUGAGCUGAAUGGAAACUUAGGCAUGACUGCUUGAAACAUAAUCUUUUUUAUAUAGUAAUUUUUAUUAGUUUUCAAUUACAGUCCACUAAUAGCCUCAUUAUAACAAUGCCAAAUUAUAAUACAAUUACUAAUACCAGUCAUUCAAAUACCAAAUUAUAUAAUUUAGAUGGCUCCCCACGUGCUAGAAUUGAUGGUGUGAUGAUUUUCUUUAUUUCUGCGUUCCAAAAUCUUAUUAAUUUCAGUUACAUUCCAGUCAAAAUAAUAAUUCCAUAUACAGCAACUGCAAUAUUGAUAACAUAUUUGUGUUCACACAUUAAAUGAUUUAUGAAGCUACAAGUGAGGCACUCAAACUAUAUCCUUGAAACACCCGCCACAACCUGGCCUAUACCCGCUGCCCCAGGAAGCCCUCUAACCUCUUUCCCCCUCCUCUGCGCUGGAGUCCUCCAUCCUUGAUCCUGCCCUUCAGUGUCUGCUAUGUUCUCUCCCACUGCAGGAUGCAACCCUGACCGCUGUACUUUCCAACGUCAAGCUCUUUGUGGCAGAUCAGCUGCAGGCCAGCAUGGUGAGUAGAAAGGGGACAGAGACCACUUUUGGGGGGUCUGCCUCAGGGAGGUAUACGAUGGGUGCUGCCACCUGUGGCACACCUGUACAAAACCGCCUCCUAGCAGAGACACCAGGAAAGCUAGGUCUGUGUUUCCUGCUGCCAGGGACAGACACCUCUUUGCAUGGGUGUCAAACUAAGUGGGGAGGGACACACACUGCUAGAGGAUGGGUUGUGUAAUUCUGAGGAAAGGGAUCUGUUUCUUCAGUCCUUCGGAAAGCAGAUUCUGGGCUUCACCUCCCCACCUUAUAAGGUAGAUGUGGGAACUGUCACCAUAUUUGCUCUUGCACGAUAAAAGCAAAGUGCCAUGCCUUUGUUUGCUUGUUUUAUCUUGCUUCUCUGAGCAAGUUGGUGACCCAACCAUUAACGCCUAAUCGAAGUCCAAUAUAAAAGCAGCCAAUAAAAAUACCGUAAUCUCAGAGUAAGCCACUUGAAGCACCUCAGAAAACAGCCCUGGAAUAAGCCAGAUUUAUUUAUUUAUUGAAAUAUUUUUUAUUUGAUUUUACACAUAUAAAAUUAUAGCAAUACAACCAUACACAUCAAGGGUUGAGAGAUUCCUCUGAAUCUCUGGACUUCCCACCUUCCCCCUCCAUGGGUCCCAUUAUCAAACCUUCUCUACUGCAUCUUUUUCAAUAGUCCAUGUUCCUAAAACUCCACUGUCUCCAUAGUUCUUACUACAUUACAAGUGUUAUUGCAACCCUGCUAGUGUUUUCAUCUGCUUACAAUGGUCUCCAAGAUAAGGAAUAAGCCAGAUUUAAACACACUUCAAUCAGUAACAUCUAUCGCUGAGAAUUCAAAGCCUGUCAAAGCAGUAGAGUCUUGGGUAUCUUUCUGUAAGCAGGAAGAGAAGAAGAUCUCUGAAUGGGCGUCCCACAGUGUUGGCUUGCUAAACACACAGCAGCUAGAUUCUGGGUACCGAGACAGGCGCCAGAGGCUUGUUUCGUUGCAUUUACCAGUAGCGUCAAGGAAACAGACUUGGCUCAUUGGAGGCUAAAAUUAUGCCCAUUUAGUCACAAAAUUAUUAUCCUGCUAUUGCAUUUUAAAGGCAGUGAAGUGGUUUGGACUGGUGAACUUCGCGGUCCAUGUGGCUUCCUAAGGCCAGUCGCAUUCUGGCUCUCCAGGGCAGGUGGAUGUUAAAAGCAAUUAUCGCACACACCCAAACCCACUUUAUCUGUAAAUUCCAGUGAUGGGCAAACCCCUGGGGCAACACCCACUACAGAUAAUUGACAGCUGCCUGUUCAAGGUUGGAAUCUUCUAUGCAUCGACCCAGAACAGCAGAGCCCUGAGUGACUCCCACAGUAAAGUGAAUCAAUGGCCGGGCACAGAAUGCCAGCCUGCCACUUUUCCAGCAGGCCAUAACCCACACGCCAACUGGGCGCUAACCCUUCCCCACAGGUGCUGGGUGUCAUGAUAGGAGUCGGGCUCUCCGUGCUGCUUGUUGCCGCCUUGAUCCUGGUGCUGAUCCGCCGGUUCCGCCUUCAGAGUAAGUUCCUAUGGGGCUGUGGGAAGUGGGCGCGCCGUGCCAGUGGGCAGCUUUUUUGCCAAGGUGGGGCCGGGCCGGGCCUGCUGACCUGACCUGAUCUUUGGUCUCCUCCUUCCUCCCUUCCCUGCAGAGGUCCAGGCCCAGGAACAACCCAAAUAUCGGUUUCGCAAGCGGGACAAAGUGUUGUUCUACGGGAGGAAGAUAAUGCGCAAGGUAAUUGGAGGAAAGGGAGAGGACCCACAGUGUGUGUGUGUGUGUGUGUGUGUGUGUGUGUGUGUGUGUGUUUGGCAUGGAAUGGUUGUGCUGGAGUGGUAGAAUGACUUCUUUGAGAUGAAUUGGUUGACUUGGGAAUGGGGAAUUAUGCGGCGUCCCAGCGAAUGGCUUCUCUGCAUCCCAAAGCUCACUUGAGCCUCCUGUUGUCUGGGUCAGUCACCGUGACCCUUCUGCUAUUGCUUAUAAUUUUUAUUACAUUUUCUGUUUUCCAAUUUAAAGUACAGUCGUACCUUGGAUCCUGAACGCCUUGCGAGUCAAACGUUUUGGCUCUCAAACGCCACAAAUCUGGAAGAGAGUGUUCCGGUUUGCGAACGUUCUCUGGAACCCAAACGUCCAACGGGGCUUCCGAUUGGCUGCAGGAAGCUCCUGCAGCCAAUCGGAAGCUGUGCCUUGGUUUCCAAAUGUUUUGGAAGUCGAAUGGACUUCAGGAACGGAUUCCGUUUGACUUCCGAGCUAUGACUGUACUCAUUUUUACAUCCUUAAAAUAUCAGUGACUUCCUUUCUUCUCUUUCCAUGGUUCAUUUUACAUAUCAUAAAUUCCUGCAUAUUUUACAGAAACGAUACAAUUCAUUAUUCCAUUAUUACAUCCAUCAUAGCUUAUUUACACUGCUGAAUUUAUCUUAACGCUGUCAGCGUUUUCAAAUGUACACAGUUAUUUCCCAUCUAUUCAAUAAACGUUUUCCAGUCUUCUCUAAACACCUGUUCUUUUUGUUUUCUUAUUCUAUAUGUUAAGUCUGCAAGCUGCGCAUACUCUGUCAACUUAAGCUGCCACUCUUCUUUGGUUGGGACCUCGCUCAUUUUCCAUUUUGGGGCUAACAAAACUCGUGCCACAGUAGUGGCAUACAUAAGUCACCCUUUUUGACACCUGGGAAUUUCAGUCUGCUUAUUCAGGAAAAUAUCUUGGACAGUCAAGGCUUUGGCAGGUGUGGGAGCAGGGACUGUUGAGGGUGUUUGUGUGGCUGGGCCAGGAUCAGUCCCUUCCUGUUGAUAUUUGUCAUGUGGUUCCCAAGGGGAGAAGCUGAUAUGUAAAGCAUGGCUCUUGGGAGGGUAACCUGAAGCCUUUGUUGAGGUGCCUUGAUCCUGGCUAGUAAAUGUGCGUAACAAAAGACCAGCAGCAGGUAUAUAGGGCUGGGUGGCUGCAGGGUUCCUCCUUCCACUUACCACAUUUCCUUUCUUGCUAGGUUUCUCAAUCCACGUCCUCUCUUGUCGACACCACCAUGUCUGCUUCCCGACCGCGCAUGAAGAAAAAGCUCAAGAUGUUGAACAUUGCCAAAAAGUGAGUCAGUCAGCUAGAGCAGAAAGCAUGCACAUGUCAGGGAAACGAAGGGCCAUAUUUGGGCAAAGUCUAGCUCAGGCAUAGGCAAACUUGGCCCUCCAGGUGUUUUGGGACUACAAUUCCCAUCAUCCCUGGCCACUGGUCCUGCUGGCUAGGGAAUCGGGGAGUUGUAGGCCAAAAACAUCCGGAGGGCCAAGUUUGCCUAUUCCUCGCCUAGCUGCUGCAUUCUGGAUUACUUGUAGUUUCUGGGUCACCUUCAAAGGUAGCCCCACGUAGAGCGCAUUGCAGUAGUCCAAGCGGGAGAUACAGUAUUAGUUGCUUAUUUGCUUGGGGAAUAAAGUCAUACCUUGGGUUACAGACGCUUCAGGUUGUGUGUUUUCGGGUUGCGCACCACGCCGAACCCGGAAGUACCGGAACGGGUUACUUCCGGAUUUUGGUGCAUGUGCAGAAGUGCUAAAUCGCGACCCGCGCGUGCACAGAUGUGGCACUGCGGGUUGCGAACACUGCGGGCCAUGCAAAUGUGCCUCCUGCAUGGAUCACAUUCGCAACCCGAGCAUCCACUGUAGAGGGAAGGAGGGAGUCUCUGUCUUUAUUUGCAAGAACAAGAAGCUGGUUGGUUGGUUGGUUGGUUGGUUGGCUUCCUUCCAUCCCUCUGAGGAACCUCUGCCUUUUCCUCCCUCCGCACAGGAUCCUGCGUAUCAAGAAGGAGCUGCCCACCCUUCAGCUGAAGGAGCCGCCCCCCUCCGUCCUGGAGGCCGAUCUCACAGAGUUUGACGUGGCCAACUCUCACCUGCCCUCCGAAGUGCUCUACAUGCUGAAGAAUGUGCGGUACGCGCCGGGGUUUCAGGUUGUGACCUGGAUAGGAGGUCAAGGGGGAAGCCGCAGGAAGUACCUGGGCAGCUGGCACUGCCAUUGAACAGAGCGUGCCUCUGCUUUGCCACAGAGUCAGGAUCCUGUUGCCAGGCCACAACCCUUCACCAGAAUGUAGGAAGCCAGAUGAUGAUACAGUUAACAAAAUUAUUAAGAAUAUGAUGGCGGUGGGGAAGCUGAUGCUUUUGCAUGCAUGCUUCAAGCGGGAGAGAGGCUGUUUUUCAGCUUUUGCCAAAACGCUUCCAAAUUUGAGGCUGCUGAACAGGCAACUUGGUGCCCUCCUCAUAUUGUGGACAACUCCCAUCAGCCUCAGCCAGCAAGGGAUUAUGGGAGUUGUAGUCCGAAACAUCUGGAGGCCACCAUCUUGGCUACCCCUGAAGUAACAGCUACAUCUCCAGCUUUCAAGUUUCCCUGCAUUGUUUUCCUUGGCGUAGAUUUGAGCAGUGUCGGUUCCACACAACAUUUGGGGCGGCCGUUUACUAGCUUCUGCCAUUCUUCUUCUUGCUGCUUCUGCUACUCUCAAGAGAAUCCAACGAACUGCUUUUUAGAACAGUACACAGAAAUGCCUGUCGGGGAAGGGAGGGAAUUCAAGCAAAUUGGAUUGCUGUGCGUGGGGAAUAACAAGAAUUAAUGUUCCUAACAAGUGGCCUUUGUGCACAUUCACCACACCUCAUAGAGGAUGUGCAUAUAGCUUCACCGUGAAGAGGAAAUUGUGCCUGGGGAACAGGUUGCUAAAUCCUCUCCCCAGCUCCUUGGCUUUGCUGCUGCUGCUGCUGCUGCUACUGCUGCUAACCUUUUUUAAAAAAAAAUUAAUUAUUAUUUUUUCAAUGCAAAAUUACAACAAAAAAUUCAAACAUUGAAUCCAAAAUAAAGCAGUACAAGCAAGCAAAACAAAAAACAAAAAACCCCCCCACAUCUACAAAUAAAACCAUAUCAUCAUUCUAAUCGUUACGUACGUAUAUACAUAUUGACUUCCUUCCUUUGUUCUAUGACCUCGAAAUUUUUACUCUUUCUAAAUUGUGUCUAAUUUAGAUUACCUCUAUCUUUAUACUUUUUGCACCAUUUAUCUCUUUCUUUAACUCUGCAAAGCUUCAUUCAUUAUAUACCGAUAUACUUACUCCAGAACAAUGUUUUUUCAUAUACUCUUUAGCACAUCCCCAUUCUUUUAAUAAUUUUUGGUCCGAUUGUCCCCUUAUGAAUGCUGUGAGUCUUGCCAGAUGUAUAUACUCACAAAAUUUAAUUUGCCAUUCUUUCAUUGAUGGAAUUUUAUUCCCUUUCCAAUUUUUUGCUAUGAGCAUCCUAGCAGCUGUUGUCACAUAGAGGAAUACUUUCCUUUGAUUGUCAGGAAUAUCGUUUGUGAUUAUACCUAAAAGGAAUGCCUUGCUGCUGCUAUCCUUAUGGGUUUUGCAGCCAGCCCAGAGCAAAUAGCCAACAUUGUUAUUAUUAUUAGUAGUAGUAUAUUACCCUAUACCUGCAGAUCUCAAGAUGGUUCUUAACGCAAAAUCACAGUAUAAAAACACAAAAUAUGUAAUAAAAACAAAAACAACCCAAUAAUUCCCUAUGCCCACAACAAAUUUUAAAAGGGCAUUGGAUGUCAAAUCAGCUGGGGGCCUAGUUGAAGAGGAAUGUUUUCGCCUAAUGUCUAAAGGUGUAUAAUGAAGGCGCCAGGCGAACUUCCCUGGGGAGAGCAUUCCACAGACAGGGAGCCACUACAAAAAAGGCCCGUUCUUGUGUUGCCACCCUUUGGACCUCUCGUGAAGGAGGCGCACGAUGAAGGGCCUCAGAAGUUGAUCUCAGGGUCCCGGUAGGUUCAUAUGGAAAGAGGUGGUCCUUGAGGUAUUGUGACCCUGAGCCAUUUAAGGCUUUAUAGGUCAAAACCGGCACUUUGAACUGGGCCCGGAAACUAAUCGGUGGCCAGGGCAGUCAGACUGGGAUCGGUGUAAUAUGCUCAAACCGUCUUUCUCCGAUGAGCAACUGAAUCCUGAUGGUUUCUGAACUAGCUGGUGUUUCUGAACCCUCUUCCGGGGCAUGGCAUGGUGCAAGGAGAGUGUUGUGAUGAUGGUGCCCUCUUCCUUCCUCGCAGGGUGCUGGGCCACUUUGAGAAGCCUUUGUUCCUGGAGCUGUGCAAGCACAUGACCUUCCAUCAGUGCCAGCAAGGCGAGUACGUUUUUCGCCCGGGUCAGCCUGACACCAGCAUCUACGUGGUCCAAGACGGAAAGCUGGAGCUCUUCCUGUCUGAGCAGGUGAGGGCAGCAGGGAGCUCAGUCGGGCAACAUCAGGAAACUCCAUGGGGACGAUUCCAUAGCCAUGCAUGGCUAUGUGGCUCAGAGGGCAAGAGCUGGGCAUGGCCUGGCGUUCGUCACGGCAGGGAACGAACAGAGCUGCACAAGACACAUUGGCACAGUUGCAUGCAGCUCUUGUUCGUUUCAGUGGGGCUUGUGCGGGAGACCUUGAUUGUGGUUCCUGCAAAGGGUGACGCAGGGAGGGGUCCCCUGGUUGGCUCGGAGGACGGCUAGCCAAUUGCAAAUCUCUUUGGUUGAAGAAGACAGAGUCCCUACCAGAAAAGAAUGGCAGAUUAAGUUGAUGGAAAAUGCCGAAUGGGCAAAAAUCGGGGAGACCAACAUUUCCAUAAGGAAUGGGGAACAUUUAUAAUUUAUCUUAAAAACCAUUGUAAACAGUUAAAAUUGUUAGCGUGACUAGAAUAACACUUGUACAGUCAUACCUCGGAAGUCGAACGGAAUCCGUUCGACUUCCGAAAUGUUCGGAAAGCAAGCUGCGGCUUCCGUUUGCUUUCCAAUUGCGCAGGCACACCGGAAACAAUAGCGGAAGCUGCACUGGACAGUCGGCUUCCCCCAAAUCAUCUGAAAACCAGAACACUCAUUUCUGGUUUUUUGAACAUUUGGGAGCCGGCAUGUGACUCCCAAGACAUUUGGGAGCCGAGGUUACGACUGUAGUUUAAUGUUGAAUUUUGGACAGAAUGGAGAUGUAAAAGAUUUGGAUUAUUAUAAGAGAUGCAGGAGGAAAUGAUUAACAAUAGGACCCACAGAGGGGAGGAGGGAAGUCCAGGAGAUUCCUUGGAGUCUUGUUAUAUAUGGAUAUGUGAUUGUAAAACUUUGAUUUGAAAACCAAAUAAACAAUUGUUAAAAAAAAAAAAAUCUCUUUGUUUGAUUCAGGAUGGGAAAGAGACCCUUGUGAAGGAGGUCUUUCCGGGCGACAGCGUGCACAGCCUCCUCAGCAUCCUGGACGUCAUCACGGUAGGAUCCUUGUCCACCGCAGCCUGUUAGAAUCCUAGAUACGGAAGGGGCCUGCAAAGCCAUCUAGUCUGACCCCUUUCUCCACGCAGCGUCUGCAAUGCAGGAUGCAACCACAGCAUCCUAAGCCUCCAGGGGAGGAGACCCCAUCCCUUGCUGAGGCAAAGCUGUUCCCCUGUCAGACAACUCUUGCGGUUACGAAGUUUCGCCUCGCCGUCAGCCUAAAUCUGCUUCCUUGCCAUUUCCACCAUGUGGCUCCAGGCUCCACAUUCUUCUAGUUGUGGGCUCCAGCCUCAUUCUUCCUUCUCCCACCCAUUCCGCUCCCUCCCCUGGCUUGCCCCACGGGAUGAGCUAAAGGUGGGAACCGAUCUCGAGGCUAGCAGCGGCCGAGGCACCAUGAUCUCUUCUGUGUAGUGGAAUUGGUGGAGCAGAAGGAUCCAGAUCCGUUUAAGUCCAGGGGGGCUGACCCAUGGUGCUGCAGCUAUUGCUAGUCUCCACCUACCAUCAUCCAUGACCAUUGGCCGUGCUGGCUAGGGUUGGGGUUGGAGUCCAACAACGCCCGGUGGGGCCCCACAUGUUCCUCUUUCCCCCACCACUUCCCCGUUUUAAGCAGCUGCCUUCUGACAAAAAAGGCACGGUUGUCUAGGAGGAUGGGCCCUUUGGAGUGGCGGCUGUGGGUCGAAUCAGGGGCAGCCUCCUGUUGUUCUAAGAUUGGUUUCCCAACAGGGUCACCAACGCCCGUACCGGACAGUCUCUGCACGGGUAGCUGAGGACUCCACAGUCCUGCGUCUGCCAGUGGAGGCCUUCUCGGCUGUCUUUGAGAAGUACCCUGAGAGCCUGGUCCGGGUGGUGCAGGUGAGUGCCCUGCCCAUUGCUUCACUGUCUCCAGAGUGGUUUCUCUUUCUCUGCCUCCCGUCCUUUUCCCCCCUUUCCCUUUCUCUUUCCCCCCCAUGCAUUUGGCCUGGCAUAUAUGCACAACGGUUGACCUCCAGAUCAAGUUGUUGAGUAUAUUUCACAUACUUGCCAUGGGUGGUGGUUGAGCAGGGGUUUCCAGGAUGUUUGUGUGUCUUUGUGUAAGUCAUUGACUCUUGCCAUGAUUGGCAGAAGCAGGCCACGAGAUGGUGAUGAUGAUGAUGAUGAUAAAAAUGGAUGGAAAAAGAGGGCUCAUCCCCCACUUGUCACAAUCUUCAGAACACCACAUCUCUGAAAGUGUUCAGCCAAGGCAUGCCCAAGAACUUAACAGCUGCUGGAGGCUUUUAUCCUUUUUGGGGGGGGGGCGUUCAUCUUCUGGGCAUCCAAAUGCCAUUUGGAUUUAGCCAAUCCAAGGCAGAAUUGUGGGGCUCAGUCUUUUUGAUAACCCAAGCAGCUUCCAAGUCCUUGAAAGAUGCGGUGGUGGAGAAGAGAGGUUUCUGAAACCUCCUCGCCAGUCCCUGCUAUAGAGAACCCCACAAGCUUUGAUCGGACUGAAGUGACCCUCGGACUGAGAGAAUUGAAAAGGGAAUUGAAAAGCCCCCCUUGCAAGGAAAUUGUACAAGUGACCUGCCCUUCUGCCUCUUUCCCUUUCAGAUCAUCAUGGUGCGCCUUCAGAGAGUCACCUUCUUGGCUUUGCACAACUACCUUGGCCUGACCAAUGAGCUUUUCAGCCACGUGAGUUCCUGUCCUACCCCAUUCCACCUUCUCUCCCUCACCCUUGUCCGGCUGGAAUCUGCUUUCAGAGUGGGAAGCAACCGUACCUGGCUCCUGAGCAUGUGCAGAACGCAUCCCACCUUUCCUCCGCUGUGUUGGGGGUUAGGGCUUCUAAGCUAAGCAAAAGGCUUUGGCGGGCAGCAUCUCUCCUCCACUACCACCCCCUUCCCCCCCCUGCUUAUGUGAUAAUAAUAAUAAUAAUAAUUUAUUAUUUGUACCCCACCCAUCUGUCUGGGUCUCCCCAGCCACUCUGGGCGGCUUCCAACGAAGAUUAAAAAUACAUUAAAAUGGCACACAUUAAAAACUUCCCAGAACAGGGCUGCCUUCAGAUGUCUUCUAAAUGUCAGGUAGUUGUUUAUUUCCUUGGCAUCUGAUAUUAUUAUCAUAUUAUUUUUAUACCCUGUCCAUCUGGCUGGGUUUCCCCAGCCACUCUGGGCGGCUUCCAACAGAACGCUAAAAUACAAUAACCUAUUAAACAUUAAAAACUUCCCUAAACAGGACUGCCUUCAGAUGUCUUCUAAAAGUCAUAUAGUUGUUUAUUUCCUUGACAUCUGAUGGGAGGGCGUUCCAAAGGGAGGGGCCACUACCGAGAAGGCCCUCUGCCUGGUUCCCUGUAGCUUUGCUUCUCACAAUGAGGGAACCGCCAGAAGGCCCUCGGCGCUGGAUCUCAGUGUCCGGGCAGAACGAUGGGGGUGGAGACGCUCCUUCAGAUAUACUAGACUGAGGCCGUUUAGGGCUUUAAAGGUCAACACCAACACUUUGAAUUUUGCUUGGAAACGUACUCGGACAAACAUGACUGUGUUCUCCAUCCCCAGGAGAUGCAACCACUCCGGCUAUUCCCCCAGUCGGGCCACACCUCUCGUACCAGCCCCGUCCGACACAGCAAGCGUGUCAUUAGCGCCUCCUCCAUCGAGGAUGCCAAGGAUAGCUCUGGAAGGCAGGGGGAAGCUUCCUCCAGGGACCAAGGUAAGGGAAUUUGACCCGCGUGCAUCUGACUUAAUCCAUGGGGAGGCAGUGGUUGGGUCCUCUGUUUCCAGAGAGCCUGGUGCUCUGCAGGCCCCGGCUGCUAAACAUUUAGCUCAUCCCCAGCUUGACCUUCAACUUCCCCAACGCAGAUAAGGCGAGGGAGGUAAAAACAAAGGAUGCCGCCUCAGACGUGGAUUUAGCUGUCCGUUCCGGGGGGAGGAAAUAAGGGCUGUUCUUGGAAUCAAAACUGGAGCUCAGGGGAGACAAGUAUGGGUUGUCAGUUUUCUGAGCAGCGUGAGCCUGCCCUCUUGUCUACCGUGCCCCAGACAGCUGCAUUUGACUCCUUCCGAGCUCGCAGAAAUUUAAGCCGCUUCUCUUGGGUGCGCCAAUUUUUGGGGCAGCAAAGAAGCUUGGCUUCUGCCUCCAGUGGCUUCCCCUCACUAUGGCACCACAGGAGCUGGGAGGGAGGCUGUGAUGCUACUGACGGCCUCUGCAGGUCUCUGUCUGAGUUACAUAGCAGCCAGGAGAGCAGCACCCCACAUUGUCUCGGCUGAUUCUCCCCUCUUCGCUGUCCUUCCUCCUUUCCCUGCAUACUCUUGGCCUUGACAGGUGGACGUAUCUGUCAAGGCUGGAGCCAGAUGCAGGUCAGCGCUAAAAGAAGCAGAUCUCCGUUUUCAGUGAACUCUUUUCUCAAGGAAACGAACAUACACUCAGCCUAGUGGUCUCAGCAACACUUCCCAGUAGGUCUUGCCCCUAUGGAGCAGUUGCCAGGACUGAAGGUCCCCACAUUCUGCCAGCCUUAAGGCUCCUCCUCUUCUGGGUGCUUCCCAAGCAGUCUCAAAAUGCUUCUGCGCACCUCUGGCCUCUCCUCCGUUGCCAUCAUUAUCCUGCGCAUUCUUGGAGACCAGUGGGGAGGGGAGCUUGUCGCAGCAGGAGAGGGGAGACUCCCUGGGGUCUUCACUAGCCUCUUGACUGUCCUCCUCUGCUUCCGCCUCAAAGUCUGAAAUGCUCUCUGUCACAGUUUCUUCCUGCUCACUAAAGCCUAUUGCCCCUUCGGCUUCUAACAACACCUCCCACCAAACUUCUCCUUCUGACCUCUUCUCGGUGUACUGCCACCAAUCCGCUGGCUCUGAGGCUUCCUCCUCUGGGUGUUCCCUUCAUCCAGCCAGUCCCUGACAGUAUCUGGAUGGUUAUCCCUGGGCAGAAAUGUCCCCAGGAAUGAUUUUGUGGCACAUGUGAGUUUGGGGGGUCUGGGUGUCCCUCUCAUGGAUGUGAGCAUCCCACUUGGUCUACUGCAAUGUGCUCUAUGUGGGGCUACCUUUGAAGGUGACCCGGAAACUACAGUUAAUCCAGAAUGCUGUAGCUAGACUGGUGACUGGGAGUGGCCACCAAGACCAUACAAAACCGGUCCUGAAAGACCUACAUUGGCUCUCAGUACGUUUCCGAGCACAAAUCAAAGUGUUGGUGCUGACCUUCAAAGCCCUAAAUGGCCUCGGCCCAGUAUACCUGAAGGAUAUCCCCAUCGUUCAGCCCGGACACAGAUGUCCAGCUCUGAGGGCCUUCUGGCGGUUCCCUCACAGCAAGAAAUGUACAGUGAACCAGGCAGAGGGCCUUCUCAGUAAUGCUGCCCACCCUGUGGAACGCCCUCCUAUCAGAUGUCAAGGAAAUAAACAACUACCUGACUUAGGAAACAUCUGAAGGCAGCCCUGUUUAGGGAAGUUUUUAAUGUUUGAAGUUUUAUUCUGUUUUUAAUGUUCUGUUGGGAGCCACCCAGAGGGGCUGGGGAAACCCAGCCAGAUGGGCGGGGUAUAAAUAAAGAUAUUAUUAUUAUUAUUAUUAUUAUUAUCAUUAUUAUUAUUAACAUGAGGUGCCCACGUGUCUCCUGGGCCUGGUGAGUGAGUGAUAGUCUUUUAUACUUCCAGGUGACCCGUUGAAAGCAGGUCUGCUGGAACCUCCCGCUGCCCCGCUGCUGAGUCGCUGCAUCUCCAUGCCAGUUGAUAUCUCAGGUAUGUGUCUCUCUCUGCCUUGACCACCUUCUGCCUUCCUGUGGAGAUGCAGCAUCCGCGGGCCUUGGGCUCAGUCGGCUCCAUUUCUCUGGUGUUCUUUCCUCACCCAGGGAUCCAGAGGGGCCCCCGCUCAGACUUUGACAUGGCCUACGAACGAGGCCGCAUCUCAGUGUCCCUUCAGGAAGACAGCUCCGUCUCACUGGCUGGCUUCGCCCGGGUGAGUCUCUAGCGAUUGGGAUGCUCUGCUGGUGCCUGUGGGAUGCUGCUGCUGCCCUAGAGCGAGGGAGGGAAUAAUAAUAAUAAUUUAUUUAUACGUACAGACAGACAUACAUACCCCACCCAUCUGGCUAGGUUUCCCCAAGAUGGAGCCUGUCAGGUGGUGAUGUGUGGUUGUAGUCUCUCAGUCAGAUGACUUCAGGUGAGAGAGAAUUAGAGCUACCCUGCUUUUGUAGAAACUCUUACAUUGUUUCGUUUUUCUUAUUGAUUCAAUAGCAACAACCAAAGUGCAAGCAUAUAACCAAAAGAAGCAAAGAAUCAGAAAUUUAAACCAGAAAGCGUCAGAGCCUAGAAGGGCAAAAGGAGAAAUCAGGAAGACCAAAUUUUUAACAAGGAAUGGAGAAAAAAUUAUCUUAAAAGCCAUUGUAAACAGCUAAAAUCAUUCGUAGGAUUGGAAUAACACUUGUAGUUUAUUUUUGGGUAUAAUGGAGGUGUAAAAGAUUUGGAUUAUUCUAAAAGAUGCAGGAGGAAAUGGUUAAUGAAAGGACCCACAGAGGGGAGGAGGGAAGUUCAGGAGAAUCUUUGUAAUCUUGUUUUUAUGUUGGUUGUUGGAUAAUUGAUUGUAAAACUUUAAAUUGAAAAAGUAAAAAACAAAACAAAACCAAGGUUCCAGUGUAUUUAUACAGUAUAUAAAAAAAGGGGUUGUGCCUGGUGGAGAUGGUGGGGUUCUUUCCUUUCCCUCUCGCGGGAGCCUUCCUCUCCGGUAGCUUCUUGCCCCCUCCGCCCCCUACCUGACCUUACCUUGUCACCAUCCUUGGCAGUCGACAUCCCAUGAGCCCCGGGAGCGGAAGUCUGUGACGGUGGAGGAACAGCCGUCUGGGAUCUACCACUACAACUACUGCGAGGACGACUCUGCAACGGGCGACUGUCCCUUCGGCCCCUACCAAGGAUGCCAGACGAGCGCCAUCUUUGAGGCUGCCAAGCGGGAGCUGGUCAAGCUCAUGAAGAUUGAGGUAGAUGCCGUCUGGGAUCCCUUGCUUCUCAUUCUGCAUGGGAAUUGGUUCUUUUUCAAGGCCACAUAAUUUUUUAUUAGUUUUCAAUUACAAUACAUACCUCUGGUUAUGAACUUAAUUCGUUCCGGAGGUCCAUUCUUAACCUGAAACCGUUCUUAACCUGAGGUACGACUUGAGCUAAUGGGGCCUGCUGCGCCGCUGCCACGCAAUUUCUGUUCUCAUCCUGAGGUAAAGUUCUUAACCUGAGGUACUACUUCUGGGUUAGCAGCGUCUGUAACCCUAAAUGUAACCCGAGGGGUUUGUAAUCCAAGGUACCACUGUAAACCAAUAAUAGCCUCAUUUUAACAAUUCUAAAUUAUAAUACAGUUCCUAAUACCAAUCAUUCAGAUGCCAAAUUAUAUCAUUUAGCCCUCCCAGCAUGCUAGAAUUGAUGGUUGGAUGAUUUACUUUAUUUCUGCGUUCCAAAAUCUUAUUAAUUUCAAUUAAACUCUGGUCAAAAUGUCAAUCCCUUAUACAACAACUGCAGUAUUAACGACUUCCAUUCGUACUGACACAUUAAAUCAGGGGUCAGCAAAUUUUUCAGCAGGGGGCCGGUCCACUGCCCCUCAGACCAAAAUAUAGACCAAACUAUAUUUUGGGGAAAAAAUAAUGAAUGAAUUCCUAUGCCCCACAAAUAACCCAGAUAUGCAUUUUAAAUAAAAGCACACAUUCUACUCAUGUAAAAACACCAGGCAGGCCCCACAAAUAACCUAGAGAUGCGUUUUAAAUAAAAGGACACGUUCUAGUCAUGUAAAAACACGCUGAUUCCUGGACCGUCCAUGGGCUGGAUUGAGAAGGUGAUUGGGCUGGAUCUGGCCCCCGGGCCUUAGUUUGCCUACCCAUGCAUUAAAUGAUUUAUAAAACUGCAGGUGAGGCACUCAAACUGUAUCCUUGUUCUUCCUGUGUGUGGCUAUUAUUCUGUCCGUGAUGUAUCUUCCUGUCCUUGUAAAAUAUUAUGUCUAUCUUUUCCCGGUUGUUGCUGUUCUCCAUCACGCCUUGGGCAGAGCUAAUAUCCCAUUGUUUCAGAAAUUCUCGAUUGCUCUGUUUUCAAGGCUACAUAAGAGGCUUCUGAUCAUCAGUAGCUAGUUUUGUCCCGUCACGCCCCUGAUUUCCAGUUGCUGGGGAUCACAAGUAGUGAGCUUUCUCUACUUGUUUGUGCAGAGGCUUUAUAAUAUAUAUUUCAUAUAUAUUUCAGUGUUCAUAGACGGAGGUUUUUUUUGGGGGGAAUGCAGCAAGGCGUUAUACAACAUGCAAAAUUACAUUAAAAGGAAUUUUAAAAAAUCAAUUUUAAAAACUGGUUAGGAAAAAGAACUUAAGCUUUCAAAGGCUAUGCGUCUUUCCAUCAAUCAGUUGUUAAUCCCACACUGUGUUCUUCCUACCUGUAAGAAGUUGGUUGUGGAUUUGUUGGCGGCAGGGCCCAUUAUUUAAUCCUCCUUAAUUGCGGAAACCUAAAUUUCUGACAUGCGGUUGAAUCACUCCCACAAAAUACCGACAGUCUGGAGUCACUCAAGAACUUCAGUUGCAAAACUCAUAAAAGCGCUCUUGCGAAACUCGUAAAAGAAUAAUUACGUUCUGAUCUACACAUUAGUCUGGGAGGUGCCAAUCAGGUCAAUUUGCAUUGAAAUUAACAGAAAUUAAAUGCCCUGUAAAUUACGUAAACAAUUGGGGUCAGGGCUUACAUCCAACUGCUUUAAGGUUCAGAGCCUCUUGAGGCCUGGAAAGGAGGUGAGUUUUGGUGCCUUGAGACAACUGCAGUUCCCAUGGUCUUUGAGGCGAGCCAUGAUAGCUAGACCGGUUCCGUAUUAGUUUCAUUUCUUGGGUUGAUGUUUCUUUUACUAUGCUUGGGUUGAGAGCCAGUGCAAUGUUCACCUGUCACGAUCAGGCAAGGGAAUUUUCAAGAGUGCUGAUUUCCUCACCUGGCCCAGCAAGUUGUUUCCCUUCUGGGAGCUCAGCUCCCCCACAUCUGCCACUGCAGGAGCUGGGCUCUUCAUGGGCUUUGACAUGCUGAGGACUUGGCUUCUUUGCUGCAGGAUCAGUCGCUGGCCUGGCUCCUUUUGCUCCGGGUGUUGGAGACCCUGGCUCCUCUUGCAGGGCUUGGACUACAGCCCUGCUAGCACACCCUCAUCCCAGAUUGCCCUCACCCUUCUUCUCUUUCCACAGGAUUCCUCCUUGCUCAAUAACCGGGUGUUGCUGCACCAUGCUAAGGCUGGGACCGUCAUUGCCCGCCAAGGAGAUCAAGUAAGUUUUAUGGGUGGCACCAGCAAAGUCGUCUGGCCAAGAGGAGGGAGGAUGGAGUCCAGUGUUAAACACACACACACACACACACACACACACACACACACACAGUGAUGGCCUGGGAUUCGGACUCAGAUGCUGAACCUGAGGGAUCCCAGCCUGCACAGGAUUCCCCGCCUCCAGAACCAGCAUGAGCCUGAAGGGUCCUCACCUGUGCCGGAUCCUCAGGUGCAGGUACCAGCUGAGUCUGCUCUGGCUCCUGAGGUGAUGGAGGACCCAUUGCCUGCAGGUGCUCCUCUCUCAGCCCUGUAGGAGGAAGUUGAGGUUGCCUCUGGGUCCGGUGACCCUCCAGCCUCUCCUGAGCUGCAGAGGCUCAUGGCAAAGAGGCGGAGGGAACUAAGUUCCCGCAGGAGGAGUGCUCGCCUCCAGGCCAGGAGAGGCGAGUCACCAGAGGAUCGGGGCCACCCUAUGCCUCGGGGCAGAUAAAAGCCGGCCAGCCCCAGUCCCAAGUUGCGGGAGCAACAUUGUUGAUUGUUAGUUCCUGCCUGAACCCUGUCCUGCUUUCCUGCCUGAGCUCUUGAGCCGCCCUGGCUCCCUGCUUGCAAGCCUGUUCCUGACUUCACCCGACUCCUUGCCCUGCUCCCAGCUUCAGCUCCUACGGACUGCCUCCAUGUUGCACCUUUGACCACAGACCGGACUUGGACCUUGCCUCUCGGGUAACCCACAGGACCAGCACACACACACACACACACACACACACACACACACACUAUAGUGAGAGGAUGCAAUGAUGCAGCACAGGAAAGAAUUGGAAAGUGCACAUUCCCCUCUCUUUGUCACCCUCUCUCUCAUAAAAUAGUUGCCUUUACCAGUAGACUGCAUCUAGUGCUGCCCCCCAUGUUUGAUGGACAUGUUUCUUAGCAAAUCCUGCCUCCCCAAGCCUUUCUCCACACCCUCUGCUUCCUUUUAUUAUUGUUUAAUUAACUUUAACUUUAAUAAAAUAUUUAAAAAAAAAUAAGGCUGUGCUAUUUCUAGAGCUCUGCUGUUGGGUUUCAUGCUCCAAAGUGAGCCUGUUCCCUGCGCUGAUCUCUCUUGCCAGGAUGUCAGUCUGCACUUUGUGCUUUGGGGCUGCCUGCACGUUUACCAGAGGAUGAUUGACAAGGCCGAAGACGUGUGCCUCUUCCUGACGCAGCCCGGAGAGAUGGUGGGCCAGCUGGCCGUGCUUACUGGGGAGCCGCUCAUCUUCACCAUCAAGGCCAACCGCGACUGCACUUUCCUCAAGAUCUCCAAGUCCGACUUUUACGAGUGAGUGGCACGGGAAUGCGGUCAUGGAAUUGUACUCAAUAUUGAUCCAGAGCAGAUUCCAGCGUACGGUUAGCAGAAUAAAAACUUAAACACGUUGCAGGAUUCUCAAAAAAUAGACCAGAGGCAAUUGUAUUUCAUCCAGCAGAGCUUUACUGCUACUGAAGGCAAAUGAGCAUAAUGGUCACAGAUCCAAUACAUUCAGGAUUGGCACUGUCCAUAAGGGAUCCACUUGCAGCAGACUUAACCUAAGCUUACAGUAACUUAUAAUAAGACUAAACCUUAACACUAUCUUUGUGCAGAACACCACACCAGAAGGAAAAGAGAUAGAAAGUGAAACCCCGGCUCCUUCUGGACUCUUAUUAUAGUCUGAACAACCACAAGCAACACGCAGCUAAGAAUGUACAGUGGUACCUCGGGUUACAUAGGCUUCAGGUUACACACACUGCUAACCUGUUUCAAAGAUGAUUCUUCAUCAGCAAAUAGAUUGUCCACACAAGUACAUCUAAUAGCAAUGGAUCAGCAACCACUUAAAAGUGUAGUAAGCUGAUGGAACUUUUAUUGGACUCCUAUCAUUUGUGACUUCAUGCACGUUUACGUGUUUGUUGUUUAUAAAUUGAGGAACAGUAUAAUGUUAUAAAUUUAUUGUUAAUACAUUAUUAGCCGCGUGUUGCUUGUGGUGUUUCAGAGUUUUCUGCUUUGCAACACAGGGGAUUUUCUUUGUUGUAUACCCUUACUACAAUCAGCAUGACCUUGACAGAAAGAGAUAACAGGACCAGUUUAAGCCAGCUGUACUCAGCUUCUUUGAAGGAAUAACCCAAACAUCAGGAACCUUCUGCUUGUUUAUUUCACACAGAGAGGCUUCUAGAACCCUCUUGAAUUAAGUAGAAUAGGAAAGAUCACACACAUCAGAUCAAUGCUUUCUGCACUAAGAAAUGCAACCUGACAAACACACCUCCGCCCACCCCUUGCCAUGUGGUACCUGUUUUUUCCUCACCUGCCCACCUGUCAUUGCUCACUCCUGGACUCUUGAUAUUGUUCCUCACCUCAAGUCUUGCCUAGUUACUUCCGCUCUCUUCGCCUUUGCCAUCCUUCCUCCUCUGCUAUGUGAUCCAGGGAGGGUCAGGUGGGCAGAAUGAAAAUCCCAGAUUCCAUUCAUUUCUUCAUUCUGGUAAUGUGGCUACAGUCCGGGGACAGGGGGAGGAGGGGGGCUUUCCUAUCCUCCACCAUUAAGGAUUAUUCUUUCUUUUCUUGCGUAGCAAAGCAGCCGCUGGAAUCACUUUUUCAGCAUGCUGGCUAAUUUCUUUGAAAACAAAAAGAUUGGCUGGGAUGGUUGAAACUGGUACUAUGACAGUCCCCAUCUUUUUAUUUUAAUAUUUAUUAUUCAUUUACUUUAUUUAGGGCAGUGGAUUAAACUGGUUACUAUAUAUAUAUAUUUUAAAAAAAUAACCAAAUGUUGUUCUGCAAAACUCAAGCAUACAGUAAAAAGCCAGUAAAAGCCACACCAGUUAAUUAAAAAUAAAUAAAUAGACCUGAUGAUCAUGAAGUACAAAAGGUAAAGAUGAGCACAAUGUCAUGAAGUUUAAAAGGGAAAAUUUAUAACUUACCUUAGAGACCAUUCAAAGAGUUAAAAUUGUUAGCCGGAUUGUAAUAACACUUGCAAUGUAGCAAAAAUUAUGGAUACAAUGGAGAUAUAAAAAUUUGGAUUAUUGUAAAAGAUGCAGGAGAAAAGGAUUAAUAAUGAGACCCGCAGAGGGGGAAGAGGGAAGUCCAGAGAUUCGUGGGAAUCUUCUAUUUUUGCAAAGUGUGGUAUGACUGGAAUUUUGCACGUGUAAAAUCAAAUUUUUAAAAAUUGAGAAAAAAAAUAAAGUUCAAAAGGGCAGAUCAAAUUAUGCGAUCAUAAAAUCAUGAUCUUUAAGGUGAUAAAAGUUCAAAAGGACAGAUCUUAAAGCAUGAUCAUAAAAUUAUUAUCCUUACAAUCGUAAUUAAGAUCUUUGCAUUCAAAAGGACAGGGCCCACCUUUGGCAGUCAGUAAAAGCCUGAGGAAAAAAAACACAUCUUCAGAAGAGUCCAGCUCCCCGUGUUUGGGGAGGGUUGUUCUGCCCUUAGUAGUGACUCGGUGCUGGUGUGUGAAUUGGCCCUUGCGCUGAGCCCAGGCACUUUUCCAGCUAGCCUUGUGCAGUGAGCCCUGGCUGGCCUUUCCUGGGUCUCAGUCAGAGGUGCUUCCUGGGGCUGGCCCUGGAAAUGCUGGGCUGGGCUGCGGGGGGAACCACACUGGGGCAACUUCCUCUACCACUAACCUGCGAUUCUUCCCCCCCCCCCCCCCCCAGGAUUAUGCGGGAACAGCCCAGUGUGGUCCUGAGCGUGGCUCACACGGUAGCAGCUCGAAUGUCUCCCUUUGUGCGCCAGAUGGACUUUGCUAUUGACUGGAUGGCUGUGGAGGCUGGCCGGGCGCUUUACAGGUAAGGGGCAAGCACUGUUGCCACCCAUGCCCACCCUGUGCCCAGAACCCCCCAUUUCUCCUUGGCGCAGGGCUCUGAAGUUAUCCUCCCCACGGGGCAGUUUCUGGUCCUUUCCUGCUGCUUCAGUGCGGGGAGUGGGGCAGGAGCUUCCAGGACAUUGCUGAAGGAGGGACCCUCUUGCUAGGAAGCCCCAGUGGGCCCUUCUUCCCCCCCACCACCAAUGUGCCCCAUGUCACCAUGCUCCCAUCCAAACCACUCUACAAAUGGCCUCGGCCCAGUAUACCUGAAGGAGCGUCUCCACGCCCAUCGUUCAGCCCGGACACUGGGGUCCAGGGCCAAGGGCCUUCUGGCAGUUCCCUCCCUGCAAGAAGUGAAGCUACAGGGAACAAGGCAGAGGGCCUUCUCGGUGGUGGCGCCUGCCCUGUGGAAUGCCCUCCCAUCAGAUGUCAAGGAAGUAAACAACUUUCUGACUUUUAGAAGACAUCUGCAGGCAGCCCUGUUUAGGGAAUUUUUUUAUGUUUGAUGUUUUAUCGCACUAAAGGUAAAGGUAAAGGGACCCCUGACCAUUAGGUCCAGUCGUGGCCGACUCCGGGGUUACAGUGCUCAUCUCGCUUUAUUGGCCGAGGGAGCCGGCGUACAGCUUCCGGGUCAUGUGGCCAGCAUGACUAAGCCACUUCUGGCGAACCAGAGCAGCAGACGGAAACGCCGUUUACCUUCCCGCCAGAGCGGUACCUAUUUAUCUACUUGCACUUUGACCUGCUUUUGAACUGCUAGGUUGGCAGGAGCAGGGACCGAGCAACGGGAGCUCACCCCGUCGUGGGGAUUCAAACCGCCGACUUUCUGAUUGGCAAGUCCUAGGCUCUGUGGUUUAUCCCAUAGCACCACUUGCGUCCCUUUUUAUCACAUUAUUAUUAUUAUUAUUAUUAUUCUGUUGGGAGCUGCCCAGAGUGGCUGAGGAAGCCCAGCCAGAUGGGCAGAGUGUAAACAAUAAAUUGUUAUUAUUAUAUCUCUCUUUGGUGAUGGCCUCUGCUGUCCCCUAAAGCCAGCCGUUGAAAGUGAUGCCCUGCAGAGAGGGAGAGGGCAAUUUGACCAGGGUUUCCUCCUCUUUCCAUUUUUCCUAGGCAAGGCGACAAGUCCGACUGCACCUACAUUGUGCUGAAUGGCCGGCUGCGCUCCGUCAUCCAGAAGGGCAACGGCAAGAAGGAGCUGGUUGGGGAAUAUGGCCGUGGAGACCUCAUUGGAGUGGUGAGUUGCUAUUAACGAGGAUGGUUGCAGAAGGAGGUCUUGGAGAGGAAUGCUGGGCAGCUUGCCUGCUCUGUGUGUCUAGCUAAGUCCCCUCCAACUCUGCAAUUCUAAGUCAUUGAAUAGAUGCUUCUGCUCCCGGGUACAGUCUCUCUCUCCCUCCCUCUGUCUCCCUCUCCUCCAACUUCCCCCACCAAAGACACUGGUAACUUCUAGGGUUUACAAACCAUAACUGAGACCAAACUAUGCCCACUUGCUCCUCCCUCCUUGCAAAGUGCUGUUGUUUGGUUGGGCAAAUAGUGAGCAGAAAAUACAAGUUCAAGGUAGGGGGUUGUCCCAGGGUGAAAGGCUCAGGGAGACAGACUGGAAAACAGAGUGAUUCUACAAGUAGGGUUGGAGAGACUCCAUUAACUGCUGAUGGAGAAUUUCACCACACCACCAAACUCUGCUCUCUUCCAGCGUGAUCUGAUGGUGUCUGAAAAAAGACCUCUGUUCCAGUGGAGCAUUGGGACUUGCAGCAAAUGUUAGAUUCCUUGCAGAUACAGAUCCUUCUCUGAGCAGUCUCAUGUAGUUGCUGAACUAUCUGCAGCAACCUUGAGACCUGCUCAGGGGAGGUCUUGCUGGAACAGAGGCCUAUUUCCUGGUAAUCGUGACAAAGAGACCCAUCCACCCAAUUUGGUUCCCAAGGGUUGUUCUUAGGAGAGAGGGUACAGUGGUCCCUUUCUUCCCUUAAGCUGCACACAGUAUCAGACUCUCGCUCUAGCCUAGUCUUGGACACACACAGUGAGCAUCUCUACUUUUGCCCAGUCAUGGCUCCUCCUAGAUAUCUGUCCUUCUGUGCCUGGAACCUAAAUCAUUAAUGCCAACAUAUUAUUUGUCAGGCACAGCUCUGACAUCUGAGGAGCUCAUCCGUUUUAUGCUAGGAAUCCUGCUUAAUGUGACCCCGAUGUUAGAAUUCCUGCUCCGUGAUUGCAGUCAUGGGAUUUUUGUCUAUCACAUGACGGUAUAUGUUUUGGCUCCACAGAGUGGGAAGUGACGGAGACAGGAUGUUUGUGUUACUGUGUUCCAUGAAGUGGGACUAUUGUCCUUUGUUCCUUUUCUCUUUGCUGUCUGAUGCUAGAGAGAGAGGGAGCCAUGUUGCAGUGCUCCGUGUGUAUUUAUAUGUAAAUAAAGUAGAUUAGCCAAAAUGCAGAGUUGCUGAGGUUUGUCACGCAUGAUGCACAAACUGUGCGGAUCCCUAAGUGUGCCGAUGUCGGUUGGCAUCAGUUGCUGUGAUGUUUGGGCUGAAGAAAGCUUAUGAAGCUCCCGAACGAUCGACCAGGAGGGAGGGAACAUGCCAGUCGGGCAUGUGUCUCUGCCAGGGUCCUACUCGAGUGUAGGAUGAACUCCUGACACCCCUCCCCCUCUUGCCCCUUCAGGUAGAAGCCCUGACUCGCCAGGUCCGAGCCACCACUGUCCAUGCUGUAAGGGACACAGAGCUGGCCAAGCUCCCAGAAGGGACCCUUAACAACAUCAAGCGACGGUAUCCUCAGGUGGGUGGCGAGGAAUUCUGUGCUUAAGAAGUACCAGAUUCUGCCUUCAAAGUAAGUUCUGCAAGCCGGUUCAUAACAGGUCCCGAACUCGCAUACUUUAAUUUGUGCAACUGGUUUGAGGGUUUAUUUCACAAUCAUUUGUAAUAUGAAACUCCUGACAUAAUAAACAUAUGAGAUAAGUGUUUGGGACAGAAGAUGUACCCAGGCAGAGUGGUUUUAUAAACACUCGAAGUAAAGAGAGCAGUGGUAAAAGCACAAGAGAGCGAAGCUUGGAGCCUUAACAAAGCACUUUACUAACAUCUACCACACCAUUGUAAGCAGUUACUGCCCAAAAUAUGUAUUGGAAAUUCCAUGAGAAUAAAUUCACAACGCACAGACUUUCCUGGUGAUUAUAAAACAAAUUAGCAAUUUCUUUUUCUGCCUGCAAACUCUCUAGACAGUUUUUAAUUGCUAGGCCCUCUGCUUGUUUCACAAUGAACUUAAUCCCAAGUUUGUUGAAUAUGCCCAGAGAUGUUGCUGAGACCCACACAUCUGAUUGAUGAAGGCAGGCAAACCCUCAUAUUGCAGUUUCUCCUGGACUGCCGUGAGCUUGCUGUGCCAUGUAGCAGAAAGACCCUCUGAAACACACACAUAUUGCAGCGCCUUGGUGAGUGAGAGCAGCAACAAGAAGAUGCUACUUCACACUUAACAUAAUGCCUCCUACAAAUAUUAUUCUGUUAUCAGGCUAGAGUUCAUUGCCCCAUAAAUGGUAGCUGGAGAGAAUCCUACCAAGGGGUACACUUUAGAAUUGCUCUUUGGUGCCUGAGUGAAGCUAUAGCCAGGAGUGAUGACAUGCAGGGAGCUAUUUUUAAAAAUGUGUGCAGGAAGAUAUUGUUGUUUUGUUUAGGACCUUGAUGCGGGUGGCACUGUGGUCUAAACCACUGAGUCUCUUGGGCUUGUGGGUCAGAAGGUUGGCAGUUCGAAUCCCCACGACAGGGUGAGCUCCCAUUGCUCUGUCUCAGCUUCUGCCAACCUAGCAGUUUGAAAGUACACCAGUGCAAGUAGAUAAAUAGGCACCACUGUGGCGGGAAGGUAAAUGGCGUUUCUGUGUGCUCUGGUUUCCGACAGAGUGUCCCGUUGUAUCAGAAGCGGUUUAGUCAUGCUGGCCAAAUGACCCGGAAAGCUUUCUGUGGACAAACACUGGCUCCCUUGGCCUGAAAGUGAAAUGAGCGCCGCAACCCCAUAGUCACCCUUGACUGGACUUAACCAUCCAGGGGUCCUUUACCUUUACCUUUUUUGUUUAGGGAAGAUUAGAGGAAGGGCUGUCCUGUGAGCUUCAAGUGGCCCAGCCAGCCCCUUGCUCAUAGUAUAUCCAAUACGUGGCUCAGGGCCCCACAUGAGAUGAAUGUGUGUUGCUCAGGAGCUGGCAACAACAGCUCAUCCGGCGUUCUGCUUAACCAGGCUAAGCAUGCCAGAGAUACUCGCUGGUUUCUGUGUUUGCUUGACUUCCUCUGCCUUAAACAGGUUGUCACUCGCCUUAUACACCUACUGAGUCAGAAGAUCUUGGGGAACUUGCAGCAGCUGCGUGGCCCUUUCCCAGGUAGGAGUGUGUAGAGAGUCCCGUUUUCAUUCAUAGAAUGCCUGUGCCAGCCACAUGCUCACUGGGUCUCGCUCUAUAGGUUCUGGACUGGGCAUGACCUCCAGCUCAGAGUUGACCAAUCCAGCCAGCAACCUCUCCACGGUGGCCGUCCUCCCGGUUUGUGAUGAUGUUCCCAUGGCAGCUUUCACCCUGGAACUCAAGCACGCCCUGAACGCCAUUGGUGAGCCCAACUACAGCGUUCUCUCGCUCUCACUCUCUCUGUCUCCCGUUCCCUGGCCCUGGCUCCACCAGUCAUGACCACUUUUCUUCUGGCUUUUUCAGGCCCAACCUUGCUUCUCACCAGUGACAUCAUCCGGGCUCGUCUUGGAGCCUCUGCCCUGGACAGGUAAGUUCUCUGUGUGCUCCUGUGUGCCCCUGCACAGGGUCUGAAGGCAGAAAUGUCGUGACUGCCAGAUUCUUCCAGGGAUUUAGAGGUUUUAUUACAUUUCCUGUUUUACAAUUUCAAAUGCUUUUACUUCCUUAAGAUAUCAAUUACUUCCCUUCUUCUCUUUCCACGGUUCAUUUUGCAUAUCACAAAUCCCUGCGUAUUUUACAAAAACUAUACCAUUCAGUAUUCCAUUAAUGCAUCCAUCAAAACUUGUUUACACUGUUGAAUUUAUCUUAAUGCUGCCAGUGUUUUCAGCUGUACACAAUUAUUUCCCAUAUAUUAGGUUUUCUAGAGGUUCAGUAGGGUGGGCACUUUGCGGGGUCAUGAGGGGAUAGGAAGGAGAGAGGCGAAAGGUUGACUUCCCUAAAUUUACUCUCCCACCUCCGUUCCUCACCUUGAGCACCACCUAGUGAGGAGGAUACAGCAAGAACAUGAACGGCUGUCCUUUUCUCCCCAAUUAUAAUUAAACAUUUUUCUUUCAGUUGAAAUAGAAUUCAAGCUUUUGAGGUUAGAGAAGUCUCGUUUGUACAAGUCUGAAAGUUUGCCUUUUAUUUUUAAUAGCGUUGUUGUAGCUUUUAAAACACGUAGUUGAAUACUGCUUGUAAACCACCUUGGUAGGAUUCACACCCUGAAAGGUGGGCUAUAAAAAAUGGCAGUAAAUAAAAAUAAAUUUCCCAUGUCCCCAAACACCCUCCAGCAUCCAUGAAUACCGCCUGUCUGGCUGGCUGGCCCAGCAAGAGGACAUCCAUCGCAUUGUGCUGUACCAGACCGACUGCACCCUGACCCCCUGGACUGUGCGCUGCAUCCGCCAAGCUGACUGCAUCCUCAUUGUGGGCCUGGGGGACCAGGAGCCCACCCUGGGCGAGGUGAGCAGGGUCUGGGAAGCGAGGCGCUCUCUGCUGGGAUCGGAGGCCCGGGAGGGAGGGAUGAGGGAGCCCUUGGCAGGGGCAAGAGGACCUGGCCUGGGGAAACAUAUGGGAGAAACGUACGUUGAAAAUGUCUAUAAGAAUCAAAGAAAAUUACUAUAAAUUAGUUUGGGGAUGGUAUUUAACACCAGUCAGAUUAAAUCAAAUAAACAAGGAAUAUUCAGUGUUAUGUUGGAGGGGAGGCCAGGAAACAGGGAAUUGUGUUCACAUGUGGUGGAGGUGUAAAUCUGUACAAAUUUUUUGGCAAAGGGUGUUUAAGGAGAUAACACAAAUCACUGGGUUAAAGCUGAGCGCAAGUCCAGAGGUAGCAUUGUUAUCAAUUUACGAUGGGGUGGAAGGUUAUGAAGGACUCGCUCGCAAAUUUAUUGACAGCUGCACGAAUUACGAUAGCUAAGAAGUAGAAGGGGCAAGCAGACUAUAAAAUGGAAGAAUGGUAUAAAGAGGUGUGGAAUAUAGCUCUUAAUUAUAAAGGUGAGGAAUAUGUAGGAGAAAUGAUUUUGAGGAGAUAUGGAGGGAGUUUGUAGAAUUUGUACCGUUAAAACAGAAAGUGGUCAAACCAUCGCAAGAGGUGUUGAAAUAUUGGGAGGUUGGAUAGUUACAAUGGAAUGGCCUCGGGGGGUGGGGUGCACAUUUUUAUUCUUAUUUAUUUAUGAUUAUUAGUUGAUGAUAAAAAGAGGACCUGCCCUCCAUGUCCUUCCUCUCUCUGCUUUUCCCCAGCUGGAGCAGAUGCUGGAGAGCACGGCCGUCAGAGCCUUGAAGCAGCUCAUCCUCUUGCACCGGGAGGACGGCCCCAGCCCUGCCCGCACCGUGGAGUGGCUCAACAUGCGCAGCUGGUGCUCGGGGCACCUGCACAUCAAAUGCCCGCGUCGGGUCUUCUCCAGACGCAGCCCAAACAAGCUGGUACUAGCCAAUUCCACUUUCCUAUGUGUGUUCCCCACCCAAAAGCCUGUCCCUUCAUCCCACUGCUCUCCCUGGCAAGGCUUAGUUGCCCAUUCCUAGGAGGAUGUUACUGACAGUAAGAGCUGUUCGACAGUGGAAUUUGCUGCCAAGGAGUGUGGUGGAGUCUCCUUCUUUGGAGGUCUUUAAGCAGAGGCUUGACAACCAUAUGUCAGGAGUGCUCUGAUGGUGUUUCCUGCUUGGCAGGGGGUUGGACUCGAUGGCCCUUGUGGUCUCUUCCAACUCUAUGAUUCUAUGAUUCUAUGCCCGCCCCUGAAUCCAUUUUGAUUGAGCUUAGAACCCCACUCGCCUUUGCACAGUGUUUCCCUUCACUCCAAGCCUCCCUCCCUCCCACACCUACCCCCUUCCCUGUUUAUUUACCAUAUUUUUUGCUCUAUAAGACACACUUUCCACCUCAUAAAAAGUAAGGGGAAAUGUGUGUGCAUCUUAUGGAGCGAAUGCAGGCGGGAGGCUCUGCUUAGCGCUCCCUUUAAAGAGCCGCGUGGAGCGUGUGUGCGGCUCUUCCUCCUCGGGGAAAAGCCCCCAAGAGCCGCACACACACUCCGUGCGCUCUUUAAAGGGAGCGCAGCUCUUGGGGGAGCCUUCAUCCUCUGCCCGGGAGAGGCUGCGCGUGGCUAUCCCAUAAGCCAGGACAGCAAGCUAUUUGUUGAAUAGCUUGCUGUCCUGGCUUCUGGAAUUCAGAUUUUUUUUCUUCUUGUUUUCCUCUUCCAAAAACUAGGUGCAUCUUAUGGUCUGCUGCGUCUUAUAGAGCAAAAAAUACGGUAUUUGUUUGUUGUCACAUUUGUACCCUGUCUUCUUCCCUCCAAGGAGCUCAAGGUGGCCUAUGUGGUUCUGCCAUUUAAUCCCCGCAACAACCCUGUUGUUGGGUUGCGAGAGGUGGUGACUGUCCCAAGGAUGCCUGGUGCCAACAUCAGGCACCAGGCGCCAAGCUUAAAGGGGCACAAAACUCAGAGGAGCUGUAAUUGAGAUUUAUUUAUUUUAUUUAUUUAUUUGUUGAAUUUAUAUACUGCCCUAUACCCGGAGGUCUCAGGGCGGUUCACAGAAAAGAUCACACUAUUUAAAAUAAAUAGUGUCUGGGUAGGUUCAUAUGGAAAGAGGCAGUCCUUGAGGUAUUGUGAUCCUGAGCCGUUUAAAGUUUUAUAGGUCAAAACCGGCACUUUGAAUUGGGCCCAGAUACUAAUUGGUAGCCAGUGCAGUCGAAUCAGGAUCGGUGUAAGAUGCUCAAACAUUUUGCUGCAAUGAACAACUGAAUUCUGCACCAGCUGAAGUUUCUGAACCUAUAUGUAGGCAGCCCUACAUAUAACGCAUUUGGAGGGAGGGUGCCAAAUUUUAGGCUUGCUCAAAGCUUACCAAAGUCCACCCCUGCCCUCGAGCUUCAUGGCCAAAUGUGGAUUUGAACCCUAAUCUCCUAGGCUGACGCUCUAACUAUUGCACAACCCUGCCUCUCAGCUCCUUAAAUGGGAAAGUGUGCUUUGUUGUUUGGGCUCUGCUGAUAGGUGAGUGGACCUCCCUCCCCACCGGGUGCCUACCGUAUUUUUUGCUCUAUAAGACUCACAUUUUCCCUCCUAAAAAAGUAAGGGGAAAUGUGUGUGCAUCUUAUGGAGUGAAUGCAGGCUGCGCAGCUAUCCCAGAAGCCAGAACAGCAAGAGGGAUUGCUGCUUUCACUGCGCAGCGAUCCCUCUUGCUGUUCUGGCUUCUGAGAUUCAGAAUAUUUUUUUUCUUGUUUUCCUCCUCCAAAAACUAGGUGCGUCUUGUGGUCUGGUGCAUCUUUAUAGAGCGAAAAAUAUGGUAUUUUGAAUGCCUUUCUCUGGAUGGGAAAAGUUGAUGCCUUGAAGCAGGCAAACUCUUGCGGACUCCCCUUCACGUUCUCCUGCUUCUUUGGAGGCUGGUGGAAGUAGCCCCCUUCCCUUCUUUUUCUGCUUCCCCCACUGCAGAGGGAGAUGUAUGAGAAGGUCUUUGAGAAGAACGCCGAUCGCCACAGCGACUUCUCCCGCCUGGCGAGAGUCCUCACAGGCAACACCAUCGCUUUAGUGCUGGGGGGUGGCGGAGCCAGGUAAUUUGCCCUCAAGCACUCGGGGAAGGUCUGAAAAAUUUAUACGAUUUGAGGAGUAGCGAGGGUAUUUUGGGAAAUUAUACGUGAUGAGAUUUUUUAAAAAUUGUUUAAAAUGAGUAUAUAUAUAAAAAAGCCUGAAGCAUUUUUGUUAGGUAUUAUUGGGGCAGAAAUCCCCCCGAAAAUGUUGAAGUUGUUUAUGUAUAUAACAGCAGCACCUAGGAUUCUUUAUGCACAGAAAAGGAAAGAAGGAAGAAGUUCCUUUGUACAAUCUUUUUUAUUCAGUUUUACACUAAACAUUUAAAUUCAAACAUUAGACACCAUCAGCAGCAUUUAGGAUUCCCUAAUCCUUUGACUCCCCUCCACCCUUCCAUGGUUUCCAUUUUCAACCUUUUCCAACUGCCUCACAUAUUUUCUCUAUUUUUCUUAAAUAAUCCAUUUUUACCUUAGUUUUUAGUACAUUACAAGCGUUACUCAAUUCUGCCCAAGUUUUUAGAUGUUUACGGUGUUCUCUUAAGUACAUUGUAAAAUUUUCCCAUUCCUUAUUAAAGUUCCUCUCUUCCUGGUUUCUGAUUUUCCUGGUCAUUUUCGCCAUUUCGGCAUAGUCCAUCAUCUUCAUCAGCCAUUUGUCUCUGGUCAGCAGAAGAAUUUCCCACCAAAGAAGAAUGGAUAAGUAAGAUAGUGGGCUGUGCAGAACUGGCAAAAUUAACAGCAAAAUUAAGAGAACCUAAUGAUGAAUGUUUUAUAGAAGAAUGGAUAUCUUUUUUUGGACUACAGUGGUACCUCAGGUUAAGUACUUAAUUCGUUCCGGAGGUCCGUUCUUAACCUGAAACUGUUCUUAACCUGAAGCACCACUUUAGCUAAUGGGGCCUCCUGCUGCCACUGCACCACAGGAGCACGAUUUCUGUUCUCCUCCUGAAGCAAAGUUAUUAACCCAAGGUACUAUUUCUGGGUUAGCGGAGUCUGUAACUUGAAGCGUCUGUAACCUGAGGUACCUCUGUACUUGAAGAAAUAUUAUCAGAGGAUUUGAACGAUGAGCAACUGAAGCAAUUAGAUUAUAAUUGUAUGGUUAUGAUUAAUAGCAGGUAGGGUACAGCAAAAGGGGAAAAACAACAACUCCGGAAAAUGGGGGUGGGAAGUCGACAAAUAUAAGAGAAAAGGGGAAAUUGUGUUUUGAUUGAAGAAGUUUAAAAUAUUGAAACUUAAGAAAAUAUAAUUGGGGCGGGGCGAAAGGGGAGGUCCGGAGGGUGCCCGAAUACAGCUUGCCUGGGUCCUGGGAAGGCAGCUAUUUGCCCAGCACCCCUGCCCCAAAGAGGAACCUAGCUCUUUCCCCGCCAAGCCUCUGGAGCCCACCCUUCCUCCACUCAUGAAAUGGGAGGUGGGAUGCCUUUGAGCAGCAGGGCGGACCUUCCUUUGACCGUUCCCUGCCUCUGGAAGAAGAGGAGAGCCGUCCCGGUUCCCUUGGCCUAGGGAGGAGCGAAGGAGGGGCCCAGACUCUCUUGGAGCAGCCCAGGGCAGUAGGGCUGGGACAUCGCGGCUGCCCUCGGUCCUUGCGCUCUGGCCUGCUUCAGGUGUGGCCCUUCCCUUCACCGCAGGGGCUGUUCUCACAUCGGUGUGAUCAAGGCUAUGGAGGAAGCCGGUCUCCCCAUCGACCUGAUUGGCGGCACCUCGAUUGGCUCCUUCAUCGGCGCCUUGUACGCGGAGGAGAGGAGCGCCGUGCGCACGAAGCAGCGAGCCAGGGAGUGGGCCAAAGUGAGCAAGUAUUGGAAGCGGCAGGGUUUGGAAUGGGAGGGGAAACUCCAGCUGAUUUGAGCCUGCCAAAUUUCGGGAAACAUAAGGACCUAGGAGGCUGCCCCAACCGGUAUUGCCUUCACUGCCUGGCCGUGGCUCGCCAAGGUUUCAGACGGGUGGCAUUCCCAGUCCGAACCAAAGAUCCCAGAGAUUGGACCUGGGGCUUUCUGCAUGCAGUAAGUAUCCAAACAAACCCCUGUGUUGCAAAGAGAACGUCAGCAGUGUCUAGGCAACACCAUGACCAUAUACAUACAUAAUAGACAAUCUUUAUAGAAUUCAUUCAAACCAUAAAAAGUUCAAAAUGAAAUCUUUAGUCUCAAAGAAUGAAUGUAUGUAAAUGAAAAUAUCAAAUGCUGCGGAACAGUGCCCGUGUAAUAAUGUAGUCGCUGCAUUCAUUCGAAAUAAGAUGGGUUUAUGAAGCAUUCUGUAUCCACCCACCACGCUGACGAAGAAUUCUCUGAAACAGUAGUCAAUAUCCGGAAUCACUGUUCAGUGUUGGACGUCAUAUUUGUUGAAUACACAAAACUUCACAGCUUGUCUUUCAUCGUACAAAAUUUGGUACCUUCAUUUAGAUUUUUAGAGGCUUUGAGACUAAAGAUUUCAUUUAGAACUUUUUAUGGUUUGAGGGAAUUCUAUAAAGAUUGUCUAUUACGUAUGUAUAUGGUCAUCGUGUUGCCUAGACAUUGUUGAUGUUGGCCUUCUGCAUUCAAGCAAGUGCCCUUCCGCGGAGCUACGGCACUCCCCCAAGCCGAGAGAGGCAUUCCAGUGUGCCUUGCGGGAAUUCCGCUUGGUACAUCUGUUUCUCUCUUGCAUCCCUGGUUCUUGACUGAGGGCUCCUAGGUGGAGCUGGGACAGAGCAACGGGAGCUCAUCCCGUCGCAGGGAUUCGAACAGCCGACCUUCUCAUCAGCAAGCCCUAGAGGCUCAGUGGUUUAGAGCACAGAGCCACUGGCAUCUCCCAGUUCGAAAGCACGCCAGUGCAAGUAGAUAAAUAGGUACCACAACGGCGGGAAGGUAAACGGUGUUUCUGUGCACGCUGGCACUCAUCACGGUGUCCCGUUGUGCCAGAAGCGGUUUAGUCAUGCUGGCCACAUGACCUGGAAAGCUGUCUGUGGAUAAACGCCGGCUCCCUCAGCCUGAAAGCGAGAUGAGCAUCGCAACCCCAUAGUCACCUUUGACUGGACUUAACUGUCCAGCGAUCCUUUAACCUUUUUUAGCCCUAGGUGGGUAGAAGGCAGUAGAGCCAGGCAAUAUUGCAAUGCAUCGUCUGAAAUGGGUUCGAAGUUCAGAUCGCAAUGCCUACUUCAGAUUUCUUGAGCUGGCGAUACAUCACGGCUCCCCAGCACAGGCCGGCAGGAGGGAAAGGCACGGUGCUGGUGGCGCCCGGGGAGCUGCAAUGUACUGGCAGCUUAAAUUGCCUGAUUGCACAUCUGCCUGCACGUUUGAUUCUCCCAAGCAAGUGGGCUACAUCUUUUCUAUGUUCACUCCUCCUGCAACCCACCGGGAGGAAAGAGCCAGCCCUGCUUGCUUUGCAAAGGCAAAGCAACAGACCAGCAGGCAGGCAGAUGGAGCAGCUUCUCAGGCUCCCUCUGCCAAGGCCAGGACUGAGCUAGAGAGGGAGGGAGCAAGCAGGACCUCCUUCGCCCAAGCAAGCAGGCAAUCUCCUUCCCUUUCUCCUGGUUGUUCCCUAUCUCCCCAGCCCAGCCACUUUUCCAGCCUUUUCCAGUGUUAUUUCAGACAUCGUGAUCUGUCGCUGUGUCACGAUGGUUAGCCGGGAAAACCUCACAAUGUUGAAAACCAAGUAUCGCCCAGCCUUAGAAGGUAGUAAAUAAAAUGGAGGAGGGCCAACUGAAUUCUUGAAUGUUUACUGGAAGGACAGAUUCAGAGUUUUAGAUGAGGUGGGUUCUGUCUCCCUCAUGCUUUUUAAUCUGUGUACGCAACAACACUUUCUUCCCGAAAAGUUAGCAUGAAUGCAGAAGAUGAAAUAAGUUGAGAAAUGAGAACAGGUAAAUGAAAUUUGAUAAAGCUAUAAGAGGCAGUAUGAGUGAGGAAGGAAGCCCAUUGUUCUAGAUUCGGUGAGGCUGAAUCCUUUUUAAAUUUUUCACCUGUUUCUGUCUAACAUCAAGACACUUUUCUGUCGCUUCUGCAGAACAUGAAUUCGGUGUUUGCCACAGUGCUGGACCUCACCUAUCCCAUAACUUCCAUGUUCUCGGGCUCUGCCUUCAACACCAGCAUUCACAAGGUGUUCCAGGACAAGCAGAUUGAGGUAUGCUCCCAGGGCCACCAUGAGGGAUGCCUGUGCAUGUCUCUUCCACUGCUAUUUUGAUCUGUAUCAUGGCAGCUUUGUGUCUGGCAAAGGGCCUGGGUCAGGGCCGGCUUGUGCGUGAGGCCAGGUGAGGCGGCUGCCUCGGGCGGCAGCAUCCACAGAAGCAGCAGAUCUGGCCUCCAAGGAACAAAAUGCCCGCUGGAGUCUUGGCCUACCCUUUCCUGAUGGCGAGGUUCUGCAAGCGCUUUUCCUUGAGAACAUAUCGGCAGGGUUCGGAUCUGCGGUGUGGUGUGUUUUGCCCCCAGCACCGAAACAUCCUGUGCUAACCCUUUUACUGCCAAAAUGCAGGAUGUUGAGAUCUGGGGAUUGCAGAAUCCAUAAUUUUGGUGGUGCCUGCUUUGUGGCUCGUUCUCCUAAUUACCACAUGUGGAAUUCUGGUUCUAGAUGCAGCAUAAGAUGUCUCUAUAGUAUAUUUAUUUUUAAAUGGGGUUUCAGAGUUUUUAGGGGGUUUUGAAUGUUUUAUGUAGAUUUUCAAUUUCAUUGUUCUGUAUGGGACAAUGACAAUAAAGAUAUUGUAUGGAAGCUGCCGUGUUAAAUGUCUGGAGCCACGUGCAGUAGAGAUUCAUUGGUUUACAUCAGUGAGGAUAAACCUGUGAGCCAGGUGUGGCCUGCCAGACCACAGGAAGGAGCUCACCAACCCUGGCAGCGCUCUAACCCCCCAGCCCCCCGGCUGAUCUGAGCAGGAGAUAAAGCUUUUCUGUUCUUUAAAGAGCAACUUCUAAAGGGCAAUCAGCCCUCUUUAUUGGGAGUUUUAAAAUCCCUCUGGCUGCCCUUUUGGAGAGAAUCUAUAAAUAGCAGUCAGAAGGAUCUGUUAUCCCUGGUUUUAGCACUAAGCACCGCAACACUCGGUCUGGAGAUUAACCUCAGAGAGCAGGCAGGAGGCUUUAAGGUAGCAUUUCCUUCUGCCAGCACGGAGAAUGGACUUGAGCAUGUGUGGAAAUGCUGCUGUUUGCUUUUCACAAAUCCUUCUAUGCAAAGUAAAAGGCGAGGUUUUCCUGCAAUUCCACCUCAGUCCUGGAGGGAGGAGCACUGGGAAUGCUCAGUACAUGGUUUGUUUGUUUGUUUGUGUGUGUGUGUGUGUGUGUGUGUGUGUCUGUCUGUGAAAAUGUAUGUAUGAGUGUAUCUUCUUUAGCGAUCGCUUGUAGCCGAGUAAGAUUGUCUUCCAUGAACACAGUCUUAACAGUGAGUCCGUAAGUGACUAUGGAGGCCAAUUCUGGAUCCACACGUCCUUCCACAGUGGGGACAUAGAUUUCCGGGCAGAAGUUGAUCACAGUGAGGGUUUGCCAAGUGUCCCUUCCUCUUAGCACAUUUUGACCUGAGUUCAAGUGUCUUCAAAGCCCAUAACACCUUUGGUAAAGGCUGUUCUCCAACUGGAGCGCUCCCAGGCCAGUGUUUCCCAGUUGUUGGGGUUUAUACUACACUUUUUUAGAUUUGCCUCGAGAGAGUCUUUAAACCUCUUUUGUUGACCACCAGCAUUACACUUCCCAUUUUUAAGUUCGGAAAUAGAGUAGUUGCUUUGGAAGAUGAUAAUCAGGCAUCUGCACAACAUGACCAGUCCAAUAAAGUUGAUGUUGAAGAAUCAUUGCUUUUGACACUGGUAAUCUUUGCUUCUUCCAGUACACUAGCAUUAGUUUGCCUGUCUUCCUGAGUGAGCAUGAGUAUGAGUGUGUACGCAUAUGUGUGUGGGUAAAAGAGCAAGAUAUUCUAUGUCUGGUGGGUGUGAACUGCAAGUGUGUGUGUUAAAUGCCCAGUGCAUAUGUGGCAUGUGAGUGUAUCAGUAUACUGACCACAUCCCUUGCUGCAGUCCUCGUAGGGCUGGCUGACCAUCAAAGCAGCUGUCUGGCUGAAGAAAGGUUAUCCAUCCCUUCUCUGCAAGGCUCUGCAUGUUUCCCUUAAGGCUACCAGGAACAUAGCAAAUCAAGUAGAGACAGCAAUAUGCCUAAAUUGUACCAGCUGCAGAAUUUGACUGGUAUAGAACUCGGGCGAGGGCAAGUGAGUUCACAUGUGCAGGUCAGAUGUGUCCUCUUGGCAGCUUUCCUCGCCACCCCCUCCUCACAGCCCUUGAAGACGGGAUUCCUGUGUGUGUGAUCUCUGUCCCACUCUGCUGUGUCCAAUGCAGGAUCUGUGGCUCCCGUAUUUUAAUGUGACGACAGACAUCACAGCUUCCGCCAUGCGAGUCCACAAAGAUGGUAAGUGUGCAUUUCCUCUUCUGGCCCAGGGGGCUUGGGUUCGAAACACACACACUCACUCACCAGGCCCCUGAAGUUCAGCGACGGCCCAUGAUGUCCAAACACUUCUGGCCUUGAACCCCCCAAUUGGAAGGAAAUGUGGUUUCGGGAAUGCCCUAGAGAGAGGCCCCUGGGGUGUUGGAGGUAAUGAGACUGAAGGGGAAACGGGUGUCUCCAGAGAACCCUGGUUUCCUGCUCAAAAUAGGUCUGUUGCACUGCUGUUCCAGGCCUCAGUUUUGGUUCUUGCCUGCAUCCCCAUUUGAGGACCAUAACACUCAAUUCCUGGCACAGGAAGAGGUGUGGUGGUCCUACUGAUGUACCCUUAGAGUCUCCUGCAGAAUCCCAGGCCCCUCAGGUUGGGGGGUACAGAUGUGAGGGCCCGUUGCUUGCCCAAGCGAGAGCAGACUGUGUCAUCCUGCCCCAGAGUAUGCAUAAUUUUCUGUGGCAGAUGCUUACCUUCAGUUCUCAAGGCCAUUCAACGCCCCUUUCACAGCCAAGACAAGGCGCCCUUCAGAGCAAAGCCUCGUUUAAUGAACAACAUUUUGGGGAGGAGGGAAACCUUGAGAAGCCACAAUAAAACAUCUUGACAUCAUGACACCACAACAGGAAGGACCCAUGGGGUGAUUGAGAUAGAGAGAGAAAUAGAUAUAUAAAAGAAUGAUAAUUGGGGGGGGAGGGUCCUUGAGAGGGCCACACAAAAAAUUGGAGGAGGCAGAUGUGGCCUACAGGCCCCCACUUAACUAUCCUGCUUUAGAGAGAAGUUUCUUCUUUGCAAAGAUCCUGGCCAGGCCUUUAUGGCCUCACACUUGUCUCUGGUCAAAGAGCCCCCACAUUAGAGCAAGGCCCGAGUUUCUUUCUCUCCUGCCAGCACAAUCUGGCGAAGCUAGGUCUUCAGCUUGCUGAAAGGCAGGCCAGGAGAAGCUGAGAAGACCUACGUCGCCGCCCAAAUCUGGGGUGGCCCCUCAGGGAGGCUGGCCUUUCCUUAAUAUAGAAGACUUGGCUGGAGAUGAGUCCUUCGCAUCCUGCCUUUCUCUAGAGCAGCCUUUCUCAACCUGUGGGUCCCCAGAUGUUGUUGAACUACAACUCCCAUCACCCCUAGUUGGCAAGGCCAGAGCUCAGGGAUGAUGGGAGUUGUAGUCCAACAACAUCUGGGGACCCACAGGUUGCUGCUCUAGAGGUAACUAGAGAAGGUCAGAAAGAACUAAGGUUGCACCUACUUUCCUUGGAUUGCAAAAAGGGGCGUUUUGAGGGGCGGGGAGACAGGGGUUUGUUGAGUCCUGGCAUUCAUUGGGUCCCAUUCCUCCAUCUCCAAUGGCAGUGCUGGCAGAGUGAAGAGAGCACUCUGUGAUCUGUUUUACCGUGGCCUCCUCACUCUCCAGCCCACCCUUGGGGCCUGCUUUUCCUUGUAACCCUUCUGCUCUGCACUAAACUCACUAACUGUUGCCAUAUUUGCGCCGGAUUCCCAUGUCCUGGGGGAUCCAGGCAGCAAGGGGGGGCUAGAGCUCUCCCCUCCCUGCCUUCCCAAGGGGGGAGAGGCAAUGGGUGCCUGCCAGCUGCGUCCUGCUGGGGCAGAGAGGGGUGGACAAGCGGUCUUAACGCAGUGAACUGCAAUGAAUGAAUGAGCUUUGUAACCUGCUUCAGAAGGGGGAUGGAUCGUGUCUGGGGCAGAGAAGGGAGGCGGGGGGGGGGUUGCCGUGUCCCCUUCGGGCCCCACUGUUGCAAACAUCAGAUCUCACCUGGGACAUUGUCACAGCAGCCGUGCCCGUCUGCAGGGCAGGGGUACCGGGAGGCUAUAACUGCCUGGCUUUCUUCAUUCUCUGCCCACUUUUCUGUCCUUCCUAACACAGCUAACACCUUCUUCCCCAUCCCCAGGUAGUCAGGCUGUGUGUGUGUGUGUGUGCACGUUUGUGUGUGUGUACAGUGGUACCUAGGGUUACAGACACUUCAGGUUACAGACUCCACUAACCCAGAAAUAGUACCUUGGGUUAAGAACUUGGCUUCAGGAUGAGGCCCCAUUAGCUAAAGUGGUACCUCAAGUUAAGAACAGUUUCAGAACGAAUUAAGUUCUUAACCCGAGGUACCACUGUAUAUAUCUUUUCAUACCUAGGGAGUCGGAUCUUUCAAACUAAGGUGGAGGAGGGCCCUUCAUUGCAGAUCCCGCCAUCUGCAAGAGAUUGGCUAUAGAGCAGCGUUUCCCAAACUCCAGCUGUUUUUAGACCACAACUCCCAUCAUCCCUAGCUAGCAGGGUCAGUGGUCAGGGAUGAUGGGAAUUGUAGUCAAAAAAAUAGCUGGAGAGGAGACCCAGGUUUGGGAAACCCCUGCAGAGGAAAGCUGCUACGUUCUCUUCUAUGGGGGGCUGAAAAUUCCAGUGUUUCCUAUGAAGUGCUGCUCCUGGUAGCAUCCUGCUCUCUUUUUUCCUAGUCUGGGGGUGGGGAGCCAACCAAGGCAGGGCAGGUUAUCUGCCCUUGCCUUAGACUUGGUGGUGGCAGCCUGUCUGCAUCAUGUCUGCUGCCAAAGGACUCCAACACUCCUCUUUGCAAAGUCCCCUGGGAGAGUCUCCUACUGACCCCCCCCCCAGUGAAGGGGAUGUCCCACCUCUCUCUGGUUGUUGUGUUGUUGGUUUAGUGGCCUUGUGUUUUCUUGAACUGUUUAGAUGGUUCGUCACCCAGAGAACCCUGGUUAGGGGUGACUGUUAACCUCAAGAAACAAAUGAAUCUCAUUGCAACCCCCAUUCCAUGCAACAUAAGUUCCUCAUCGUUUUUGCCCUAAUCCCGCUUCUUAUGGCCCAGGUAACUAUGGUUGCUGCUCCAUAGGCAGGGGCUCUCUGGUUUCCCAGUGCUUUGGGAUCCAGAACCAGCCUCCCUGUUUCAGAACUCUGCCAUCUCUUGGCCAUGAUGGCUGCCCUGAAGACUCUGCCGUGUCCUUUAAUCCAGCGAUUGAGAGCUUUUGGCCCUCAGACCUAGUUUGGCCUGCUGUACAGUAGAGGUUGGGAUGCGGGUGGCGCUGUGGUCUAAGCCACUGAGCCUCUUGGGCUUGCCGAUCAGAAGGUCGGUGGUUCGAAUCCCCGCGACGGGGUGAGCUCCCGUUGCUCUGUCCCUGCUCCUGCCAACCUAGCAGUUCGAAAGCACGUCAGAGUGCAAGUAGAUAAAUAGGUACCGCUCCAGCGGGAAGGUAAAUGGCAUUUCCGUGCGCUGCUCUGGCAUACAGCUUCCGAGUCAUGUGGCCAGCAAACCAGAGCAGCCCACAGAAACACCAUUUACCUUCCCACCGGAGCAGUACCUAUUUAUCUACUUGCACUUUUACGUGCGUUCGAACUGCUAUUUUACGUGCUUUCGAACUGCUAGGUUGGCAGGAGCAGGGACCGAGCAACGGGAGCUCACCCCGUCGCAGGGAUUUGAACCGCGACAUUUCGAUCGGCAAGCCCUAGGCUCAGUGGUUUAGACUACAGCCCCACCUGCGUCCCUUCGGAUGGUACUUGGAGUUUAAACAGGAGGAGAGGCCAGGAAACAAAUUCGGUGACACGGCACGGCAGUGGGUAGGUGGCAGGGUUGUGCAAGGGAUAGGAAGCACAGCCGCAUUCCCAGAGGGCUCGAUUUCAGCAAGACGCCUGCUCUGUUUCUUGGCCUCUCACAUCGAAUGGAUUGAUGGAUGCACACCCUGGUCCUCCUCCAGUGAAGAAAGCCUUCCCAGAAUCCUUUUCUCCACCCUCACUCCCCCACCACGUGCACGUUGUAUUUCUGAAGCUUCUGUCAUGAUGUCAUUUCCUGUCCUGUGCUCCUUCCCCUCUCCCUUCCCCUCCCCUCCCCUCUCUCCCUUUGAUUGAAUCUCCCGUCUUCCAUCCGGCAGGGAGCGUGUGGCGCUACGUCCGAGCCAGUGCAUCUUACACCCCUUAUUUGCCUCCUCUCUGCGACCCCAAGGACAGUCACUUGCUUGUGGAUGGCUGCUAUGUUAACAAUGUCCCAGGUCAGCAUCGCGUUCGCCUCGCUACCUUGGCUGCUGGGCGCAGUGGGGAUGGAGACAGUCAGUUGACUUGGGACACGCUUUUCACCCUUCCGAACCGCUGCCGCCGCCCUUCGUCUGCUACGACAAGCCUGUCUCCUGCCCACGGGCACCCUUUCCCCGGGCUGGCGGUUCUGCAUGGUAAGGGAAGCUGGUGCCCCGUGGAGGACCGUUCCCAAUAUGGGAAGGCGGGCCGAGAUGGAAAGGGAACAGUUCUUCCCUACUGCUGCUGCUGGGCUUAGAAGGGGAGGCAAAUUGGUACCGUAUUUUUCACUCUAUAGGACGCACUUUUUCCCCUCCAAAAAUGAAGGGGAAAUGUGUGUGCGUCUUAUGGAGCGAAUGCAGGUUCCUUGGCUUCAGCAAUAUCAACGCGAAGCCUCCGAAGUUCAGCGGGAGAGCUCCCCCCGCACUCCAGAGGCUUCGCGUUGCUUUCGCUGAAGCUGCCUGAAGCCCCCGGAGUGCAGCGGGAACUUCCGCUGCACUCCGGGGGCUUCAGGCGGCUAUCUGCAAGCCUUCGGAGCGCAGCAGGAGUUCCCGUCUGAAGCCUGGAGAGCGAGAGGGGUCAGUGCACACCGAUCCUUCUUGCUCUCCAGGCUUCACUUCGCUGGAGAGGUGCUACACAGCUUUCCCUCUCUGUGCAGCGCCCCUUCAGCGAAGCGGGAGGAGAAAUGGAAGGGGCUCUGCUGAGCAGAGAGGGGGAGAAAUUUUUUUUCCUGUUCUCCCCCUCCUAUGGUCCGGUGCGUCCUAUAGAGGGAAAAAUACGGUAGGUUUGGGGCCAGAAGAGUUUGCCCUACCAGAGCCAUGCAGAAUUCUCCCGCCAGGGGAAAGGUGGCCUUGGGAGCCGUGCUGGGGGCCUCUUUCUCCAUCCCUCUUCCGAAGGGCUCGUUGCUGCUCUGGGUUUCUCUCUCUUCUACUGAUUGCAUUUGUUCCCACAUUGGUUAGGCUCGCUGUGGCGGUACGUGCGAGCUAGCAUGACCCUUUCCGGGUACCUACCGCCACUCUGCGACCCCAAGGACGGCAAUUUGCUGAUGGACGGCGGCUACAUCAACAACCUCCCAGGCAAGUAUCGGCCGGUCACGGAGGACAAGGAGCAGGGUUGUGGAAACCCCGCCUUGCCUCCCAACCCCCUGAAACAUCUCAUUUUCAGCAGCGGGCACCCACCUUUAGCAGCCCUCGCGAGGAGGACACGGGCUGGGAUUGGGGAACCGACUAAAGCCCCGCCUUGCCGAAAGUUAUGGAAGUGAACAAACAGUAAUGGCCUGGGAACUUUGUGUGUGCCUUAUGAUGGCUGCCGCUCACACAAAGGGAUUCACCCUAAUAAACUAACAUCUGCUGUUGGGAAGAGUAUGCAGAAAAAUUCAGCACUGAAUUCCACAUCCCCUGAGCUGAGGGAGGGCAGGAUAAGGCUGCCCAGGACUGCUAGCUGUUAUUAUUUACUUAUUGAAAUUAUAUACCGCCCUAUACCCGGGGACAAUUCACAGAAUAAAGGGCGGUUCACAGAAUAAUGGGUAUGCUGUGCCUCUGCGGCCGGAGACAGCCCUGCUUCUGAAUUCCCGUUGCUUGGAAUCACAAGCAGAGUGCUCUCACACUCGAAUCCUGCUUGCAGGUUUCUAACAGGCCCCUGUGGCCAUUUUGAGAGCAGGAGGCUGGACUGAGCUGGUCAUGCAGGAGGCCCUUUUUAUAGUGCAGUCAUAAGAAGAGGAAGGCAUCAUAUGGUCACAGUUCAUACCUGCUUGUGACUUCAUCUCCCACAGGUCUCCUGCCUGCCCCGUUGCUCCUCAGUGUCAGUGAGGGGAAAACCUGUGGGGGAUUUCCACUUUGAGCCCCCGUGGACUAAGGCCCACAUGCUCAUUUCUAUUUAUUCAGAGAGAGAGAGAGGAGAGGAAUUGUUGAGUUAGAAGGGACCCCAAGCGUCAUCCAGUCUGAACCCCUGCAAUGCAGGAAUCUCAGCUAAAGCAUCCUUGACAGAUGGCUAUCCAACUUCUGCUUAAAAACCUAUCUCCGGAGGGAGAGUGCUCCGCUGUCAAGCAGCUUUUACCCUCAGAAACUUCUUCCUGAUGUUUAGUCAGAAUCUCCUUUCUUGCGACUUUAAUAAUAAUAAUAAUACAAUGGUACCUUGGGUUACAGACGCUUCAGGUUACAGACUCCGCUAACCCAGAAAUAGUACCUCGGGUUAAGAACUUUGCUUCAGGAUGAGAACAGAAAACGCUCGGCGGCAGCAGGAGGCCCCAUUAGCUAAAGUGGUACCUCAGGUUAAGAACAGUUUCAGGUUAAGAACGGACCUCCAGAACGAAUUAAGUUCUUAACCUGAGGUACCACAAUACUAAUAAUAAUAAUAAUAAUAAUAAUAAUAAUAAUAAUAAUUUAUUUAUACCCCACCCUUCCCGGUUUAAAACCGGGCUCAGGGCGGCUAACAGCAAAUAUAAAACAUUGAUUAAAAUGAGACUUAGAAACAGCAUAAAAUACAACAUAAAAUGCAGCAUCAAUAUCAAUAAAAUUCAAAAAUUCAGGGGUCAUUUUUUUGGGGGGGGGGGGACGGGACCCAGUCAGUAGACAUCAAAUGAUCACCAGGGCUAACUGGCCAAGUUGGUCCUACUAGGGCCAGCAAGGAGACCAGGGAAGAAUUUAAAUGUGGGAUCCCAGAAAGGGUUUAUUCAUAGAAGAGGAAAGGGAAUAGGGGAUCAGGCUAAUUCAAAUUGAAGGCCAGGCGGAAUAGCUCUGUCUUACAGAACCUGCGGAAAGAGAUCAAGUCCUGCAGGGCCCUAGUCUCGUGGGACAGAGCAUUCCACCAGGUCGGAGCUGUCACUGAAGCCAUUGGUUUGAGUCCUACCCUCCGGAGCAGGAGAAAACAAGCUUGCUCCAUCUUCCACGGGACAGCCCUUGAGAUAUUUGAAGAUUUCCUCUCAGUUUCCUCUUUUCUCAUCUUGUCCCACCGCUUCAGGUGGUUUGCUUCUCUGAAUGAACAACAACAGUUUGUUUUUGUUUAAAAAAAUCAUGUCAGAUCAGCGACAGGAGAAACUUCCAGCCAGCAUACAACCAAAAGGUCUGAAAGGGCUGAGAAAAUACAAGGGGGUUUCACUCACACACAAAAAACCCCCAAGCAGAACAGCGUUGGCACCAGCAGAGUCUCCCAGGGGAGCGCAUUCUAAAUCUGGGGCACCACAACCAAGAAAGCCUUGUGCCAGAUUGUUCAUUUUACAUUUACAAAUACAAUGUUUUCAAUUUAUCUCUGCAGCUAAUUAGGACUAACAUUUUUGUAGACCAUCCACCUAUGAGCAUCUCCUGUGCAAGUCCCAUUCAGUGUUCCAGGAAAAUUAUGCCCCUACGCCAAUCAUGAUUUCUUUAAAAAGAAAAAGAAAAAAAAGCUGGCUGUCUCUUAGGAACUAACAGUCAUGCCACAAAAAAAUCCCUUUGGAGCCUUUGCACAUCUCAGAUUUGGGACACCUCAACCAGGAGGGCCCUAUCCUGGAUUGCUAGGCAUUGCCCAUUGCUUAAAAAAAAAAAAAUCACAAUCCUUGGCUGUAACAGUGGAGGAAUAAAACCCAGAACAAGACAUGGGUCUUCCUCAAAAGCUGUCACACCGUACAGAACAAAGAGGCUGCCUGAUUAUGGUUACUCAUUCCUCUAUGCCAAUUUUCUGAUGCAAAUUCUCCCCAACAACUCUGGAACUGCUGUUGAUCACAGAACAAAAAAUAUAGGGCACGAUAUAUAUAUUUACCUGUAUGUUUCCCCCUCUGUCACUGAUGGGAGCCCAGGUGGGCAGGAUUUUUAGUUGGGAAAGGGUUAAAGGAACCUUUCUGCCUCAUUCUCAGUUCAUAUCAGCCCUGUCCCAAAGCAUGACUACUUUUAGCAAAAGGAAGGCGACGCUAGAAGAUCGGAUGGUGACUCUUCCGCACUGCACUUAGUUUGGCUCUGAGUAUUCACCAGACUAUAAUUCCCAGGUUUCCUCCUGGUUCAAGUUUGCACUGCAGAUGGACUUAUGAUGGGUUACUUCCUAUUUUGCCCAAUGCCUGCACUGCAAGAGGCAGGUAUGUAACACGGCAGAAGGAAAAUGUGGGCGUCCCUCUUGUUCUCAAGGUCUUGUGCAGCAAUGCCCACUCCGGAGCAACAGCUGGGCCGCAAGGCAGCCCUUUCAAAAGUCAUUUCCCGUAGGCUACUGCAUGUUGCUGGACACCUGUGUUUCUGCUUCUGGUCUAUUGCUGAACUCUCUCUUAACACUUAUCCUUUCCCUGCCUUUGUAAAAUUCAGACUUGUGGUUUUUUCCCUCUGUUUGGUGGAGCUGACGCACACUCUUCUUUUCUCUUCUUCCUUUCGUAUAUCAGGAAAGGCUGUGUAGCCUUUUAUCUGUAUAGCCUUUGUCUGAUCUUCCCCCUGCCCUGUUCCCCCCAUUCUCGGCUUCCCACCAGAUUUGUGAUAACGAAAUUGCAACCUCCUGGACAAGGUCAUCUCAGUGCGGAUGCUUCCCCCAAGCUGCCUUGGUUUUGUCCGAUGCUUCUGUCCCUGCAGCCUUGGAUUUCUGUGCUUGCAGCACCCGAUUGGCCUGAUUGACUGGUGCUCAGCUGCAACCAGAGCUCUUGUGAUGGCUGAGCAAUAAAAAGCCAUGUUCUGAUACCAGAAUAGAUUAUGCAUUAUUUCAAUAUAUUCUGCUGAUGAUUACACAGAAUUUUCCCCUCUAAAACAUCUCCCUCUCCUUAACCACUUAGCACCUUCAGAGAUGUCACCAUUCACUGCCCAUGCGGUUGUUUUUCUAAAUCUGUUCAACACCGUAAGGGCUAGAAACUUAUUUUAAAGAAAGUUCAGAAUGCUGAAUCCAAUUAUAUUCUAGACAUUAAACGCAGUGGAUGCCAGUUUAGACUUUUCUUCAAACCAUGUGAGCAAGAUGUUGAAUCCGAAUCAGGACUUGUUAAAAGAAAUGGUUGAAAACCAUUUUGCGAACCUGAUUAACAUCCCUGGAUGUUAAAUUUCAGGUUCUUUCAUUUCCUAGAGCUUAUAGGAGGAGAGUCUGGGUGAAGGGCUUGGCUCGGCUACCUUAACUGCCCCUCUGCAAGCUAUGCUGCCGUUCCUCCAAUUCAGGCAGGCCGGUAAGCUCAAGCUGUCUUGUUGAGCGAAGCCGAGGGAGAAGUUGGCCUUGUUUUCUGGCUUGCUUUUCCCUUCUCCAAAAACCAAUAGAGAAAAGAGAUGUGCUGUCUUGUGAGGCUGCUUAGCUACUGGCCCAAAAUUUCGGCAUCUUUAAUAGCUGUGCGGCAAAAAAGAGAUUUGGCAGGUGACUCUAGUGACUCUUCCAUCCACUCUCAAACCCUAGAGAGGUUUGAGACGAGAGAGAUUCCCCUUCUGCAACUCGGGGUACCGGCAACGCUCUGCCCUCUCCCACCGUAGCUCUCUGAUAUUGUUGUGAUGCUCUUAGGCAUCUCCUGUGGCCCAUCCCUUCGGAAAUCCAGGUUGCUUCCAUCUCCCUGAGGCAUCUCUCUCUCUCUUUCUCCCCUUGAUGCAGCUGACAUUGCCCGCAACAUGGGUGCCAAGACAGUGAUUGCCAUCGAUGUGGGUAGUCAGGAUGAAACAGACCUGUGCAACUACGGAGACUGCCUGUCCGGUUGGUGGCUGCUUUGGAAGCGCCUCAACCCCUGGGCUGAAAAGGUCAAGGUAAGGCCACCCCCCAACUUCCUGGUGAAGAUUCCUGUCUGGGUGGGGCUCAUUAGUUAUCAAUCUGUCAUAUCAUUCUUCUUUCUAGGCUUUCAAAAGUUGUUGAAUCUCUUGUUUGUUGUCUAGAAAGCACGAAUCAGGAAGAAGUCCUCCACCUUAGCAUUACUUCCCUUUUCAAAUAUUGUUGGAGGGGUGGUCCUCUAAAUGCGUAGAUCUUUUCUUUGUGAGGGAUCCAGUGACUUCUCUGCCCAGGAAUGUCAAUGUAAAUAGCGAAACAUUAAUUACUCACAUUACUGCUUUUAUAUGUUGCGAUAUAGAACUAGAUGACUAGGGACGCGGGUGGCGCUGUGGUCUAAACCACUGAGCCUCUUGGGCCUACGGAUCAGAAGGUUGGCGGUUCAAAUCCCCGCCACAGGUGAGCUCCCGUUGCUCUGUCCCAGCUCCUGCCAACCUAGCAGUUCAAAAGCACACCAGUGCAAGUAGAUAAAUAGGUACCGCUGUGGCAGGAAAGUAAACGGCGUUUCCAUGUGCUCUGGUUUCCGUCACGGUGUGGCAGAAUGUGGCAGCUAGACUGGUGACUGGGAGUGGUCGCCGAGACCACAUAACACCAGUCCUAAAAGAUGUACAUUGGCUCCCAGUACAUUUCCGAGCACAAAUCAAAGUGUUGGUGCUGACCUUUAAAGCCCUAAACGGCCUCAGCCCAGUAUACCUGAAGGAUAUCCCCAUCCUUCAGCCCGGACACUGAGGUCCAGCACUGAUGGCCUUCUGGCGGUUCCCUCACUGCAAGAAGUGAGGUUACAGGGAAUCAGGCAGAGGGCCUUCUUGGUAGUGGUGCCCGCUCUGUGGAACGCCCUCCCAUCAGAUGUCAAAGAAAUAAACAACUACCCGACUUUUAGGAAACAUCUGAAGGCAGCCCUGUUUAGGGAAGUUUUUAAUGUUUGAUGUUUUUUGUGUUUUUAAUAUUCUGUGCCCAGAGUGGCUGGGGAAUAAAUAAAUUAUUAUUAUUAUUGUUGUUAUUGUUAUUAUUAUUCCUUGCACUACACAAGGUUUGGGGGGAAACAGGGAAUUGGGAAAUGGCUAAAGGGAAAACACACAGACACACACGCACGCACCUUGUCUCUUUGUGGCCACAGAGUGCCUUUGCACUUUCCUUCCAGGUGCCUGACAUGGCCGAAAUCCAGUCUCGCCUGGCCUAUGUCUCUUGCGUGCGGCAGCUGGAGGUGGUGAAGAGCAGUUCGUACUGUGAGUACAUCCGCCCUCCCAUCGAUCGCUUCAAAACCAUGGACUUCGGCAAGUUUGACGAAAUCUACGUGAGUCCUGGGACCCCAGCUGGGCCUGUUCACAUCCUUAGAUAUCAGGAGCUUCGUCCAGUCAUAAUGGCUGCCUUUUCGGAAGGCUAAACCUCUCCAGACCACGCAUGCCUCCUUGGGAGAGUUGAGCCUUGGAAGGGAUUCCCAAUGUUCAAUCUAAACCUGGUCUAAGCUGUGUUUUCACAGUGCUCAAAUUCUUGAAAGAAAGAGAUGUCAGGCCUCCUGGCCGCCGACAAAAGAUUGGCAGCAUCUCCAGUUGCCGGGUGGGGUGCAAAUUAAUCGCCAGCCCCGGAAAUUGUGCUCAUCUCCUUGAAACUCUUUUGGAGUCCUUUCAUUUAUUUAUUUGGUUUUUCGAAUUACAGUCUUACAAUCACAUAUCCAACAUACAACAAACAAGAUUCCUCGGAAUCUCCUGGACUUCCCUCCUCCCCUUUGUGGGUCCUAUUGCUAGUCAUUUCCUCCUGCAUCUUUUAUAAUACUCCACAUCAUUUUGGUCUCCAUUAUAUCCAAAAUUCACCAUUAAACUACAAGUGUUGCUCCAAUCCUACUAACAAAUUUAUCUGUUUACAAUGGUUUUUAAGAUAAAUUAUAAAUUUUCCUCGUUCUUUAUUUAAAAAUGUAAGGUAAGUUUUAAAUUUUCCCCAUUCUUUAUUAAAAUUUUGGUCUUCCUGGUUUCUGAUUCUUCCGGUCAUUUUAGCCAUUUCGACUUAAUCCAUCAACUUAAUCUGCCAUUCUUCUCUGGUCGGGACUUUAUCUUCUUUCUACCUCUGGGCCAAUAACCUCCGAGUCCUAGGAUGUUCUUUAAAGUUUCUUCACUGUUUGUAUGACAAGGGACCCCCACCCACCCAUUUGUUUCAAAUUCCGUGUGAUGUGUCGUUUCUAUGGCAACUGCAGUCUCCAGUCAAAAGGUCUUGGGGUCUGCUGCAAAACCCCCAGAAGAACCCUCUUCAAACUUCCUUAUAAACCCAGGAAACUUUUAAUUUACUUUCCUCUGCCCUUCUCCCAUAGGACGUAGGGUACCAGCAUGGGAAGGUGGUGUUUGACGGCUGGUGCCGUGGCGACAUCAUUGAAAAAAUGGUCAAGGAUCGGCAUUCGGCAGACUUCUAUGAGAGUAAACGCAUGGAUGUAAGUGUGGGGAUGGGGGAUUGGGAAGGAGUCAAAACAGCCCUCACCUGGGGUUCUUUCUGCUGGGCCCAGUUAUGGUUGCCUCGACUCAAAAAGGGUACGAAAGAGCUGGAAAAUUCAGGAAAGGGCAGCCAAGAAGUUUUUAAUGUUUGAAGUUUUAGCGUGUUUUUAAUAUUCUGUUGGGAGCUGCCCAGAGCGGCUGAAACUAAAACCCUGUGAAGGAAGGUUGCAGCGUUUGGGACUUUUCAGUUUAGGGAAAAGGCGAGUCAGCGAUUACACAAUAGAAGUUUGUAAAACGAUACACAGUAUAGUCAUACCUUGGGUUGAAGUAGCUUCGGGAUAAGUAUUUUUGGGUUGUGCGCUGCGCAGUCAAAAUGAUGUCACACACAUGCGCAGAAGCAGUGAAUCGCAACCCACGCGGACGUGGGUUGCAUUCGCUUCUGGAUGUGAACAGGGCUCCGGAACGGAUCCCGUUCGCAUCCAGAGGUACCACUGUACGGAGAAGGCAGAUAGAGAAAAGUUUCUCUCGUAAUUAAUCUUCUAACUCGUGGACGUCGAACGAAGCCAGACGUUGGAAGAUCCAGGACAGAUAAAAGAAAGGACCUCUUCAUGCUGCACUUAAGUUAAAUUAUGGAACUCAUUCCCACAGGAGUCACUAAUGGCCUCCAACAUAGAUGGCUUUAAAAGAGAAUUAGGCCGAUUUGUGGAGGAGAGGGCUGUCAGUGGCUACUUGCCAGGGUGGCUAUGGUCUGCUCUCCACAGUUGGAGCCAAUAAAUGCUUCUGAAUACCACUGUAUUCAGUGUAUUCUUGUGCUCAGGCCCUGCCUGUGGGUUUCCCACAAGCCACUGUGAGUAUAGGAUGCUGGACUCAAUAGGCUGUCGGCCUGAUCUGGCAGGCUCUUCCUGUAGACUUAAGUUUUUAGCUCCAGGCCCCACUUUAUGCAAAAUAAGAAAGUGUUGCUCAAAAUAUUGGACGUACGUAGGACCUUUUGUGACAGGGCAGAAAAUAAAUCCAAAUAUGUAAAUAAACAAAUAUUUCCUACUGGAAUGAUUUGCUUCCAAACUAGGGAAAGUUUUGCAGGCAGAACACCAACCACCCUGAUUUUGCACCUGCUAAUUACAGUUGUACCUUGGAAGUCAAACAGCUUAGUUCUCGAAUGUUUUUUCUCCCGAAUACCGCACCCCCGGAAGUGAUUGUUGCAGUUUGCGAACUAAUUUUGGAAGCCGAACAUCCGACGGGGCUUCCGUGGCUUCUGAUUGGCUGCAGGAGCUUCCUGAAACCAAUCGGAUGCUGCAUUUUGGUUUCCAAAUGUUUUGGAAGUCGAACAGACUUCUGGAACAGAUUCCGUUCCACUUCCAAGCUACGGCUGUACUGGCACGCACUACUUCUCCACCUCUGUGUUGUGCAUAGACAGUCUCAGCUGCUCUGGCAAACUUCCUUUCCUUUCCUCAGGUACUGAUGUGCCCCAGCGCAGGAUUCACAGACCUGGCUGAGAUUGUGUCCCGUAUCGAGCCAGCCAAGAGCUACCUGUCAGACAGCUAUGCCGAUGGUGAGUACUUAUUGCUUAGCAGGUUCAACUUAGUUCAGGUCCCGCUUUUAGCAAUGGACCCGGGAUGCUUCCAGCUGGAGGUAUUUGGGAGCAGAAUGUGGCAUGCCUGGCACCACAGUUCCCAUGUUCAUCAAGUUAGCAAGUAUAUCUUUUAGAAGACAUCUGAAGGCAGCCCAGUUUAGGGAAGCUUUUAAUGUUGGAUGCAUUACUGUAUUUUAAUAUUUUGUUGGAAGCCGCCCAAAGUGGCUGGGGAAGCCCAGCCAGAUGUGCGGGCUAUAAAUAAAUUAUUAUUAUUAUUAUUAUUAUUAUUAUUAUUAUUAUCAUUAUCAUUAUCAUUAUCAUUAUCAUUAUAUCAUUAUUAUUAUCUCUAUGUACAUCAAGUAACCAGUGGCAAGACCUUAGCAAUGUUUGCUGGUGUUUGUUCUAUCUCACUCUUUCGUGCACACAAGCACACACACAUAGGCUGUGUGAGCACACCUGGAAAUUUACAAAAAUCCCACACUAGGGGAUUAGGAGCUGCGGCGGCAGCAGUGGGAGGUUAGGCUGAGGGAAGGGUACUGCUUUUUGUCCAGCAACCAAAACCACAGCAAUGAAGCUUCUUCUGUGUGCCUGCAAACCAGGGGAAGAGUCAGACUACUUGACUGAGUACGAGGACGAAGGAAUGGACACCGUGCGAGAGGAAGAAGGGCAGGAGCUGCUCUUUGCCCCAGCAGAGCCGAAUGCUGUCUUUGAAACAGUAAGUCGCCAAAGUACUCUGAUUAUAGGGCAGCCUCUGAAAAUGUUCGUCUGUAGCUAUAAAUAAACAAAAUAGGUUUCCUCUGACUGUAAGGGCCAGCCUGUGCAGGGGAGCCAAAGUCUAGCCUUGAACGCCAGAGGGGGACAUGGCCUCCCUUUUCCUGGGUCAGGGGCAUUCAAGGCUGUCCAACUGCUCAUCCCUUGCUUGGGGCAUCUUCACCAACAAAACUGUCCUGCUGGUGCAGAGCAUGUUUCAGGGACUGGACGGAGGAGGAAUGGUGGGGACUGACCCCUCCUCUUCCUGAACCUUCCCGAGAAGAGGACAGCAUAGAUUUAGAACAGCGGUUUGCAGAAGGGCAUAGUUCAGAGGCUGCAGUGGGGAGAAGCUGGGAAAUAUUGGGAGAGGAGCUGGAAGAAGCAGCAGACCAGGGGAGAGACAGCUGACAGACUCAGUGUCUUUAGAAAGCAUGCCAGACGCCACCACCCCCAGGACCCGGCGUGCAUUGAGAGUAGUGGAACAGAAAGCUCAGAGGCAGAAAGCAGAGAUCAACCGGCGCAGGGAUGAUGUAGAAUAGGAGAGACAGAGGGGUGGGGCUUUACUUGGAGCAACGCCAUUACUGCAAUAUAGAGGCACUUUCCAAAGCCUCUCUCUGUGUUUAUUGAAUAAAGGACUUGGUAAGAACUCUUCUAGAGGGACGCAAGUGAUGCUGUGGGUUAAACCACAGAGCCUAGGACUUGCCAAUCAGAAGGUCGCCGGUUCGAAUCCCCGUGACGGGGUGAGCUCCCAUUGCUCGGUCCCUGUUCCUGCCAACCUAGCAGUUCGAAAGCACAUCAAAGUGCAAGUAGAUAAAUAGGUACCACUCUGGCGGGAAGGUAAACAGUGUUUCUGUGCGCUGCUCUGGUUCUCCAGAAGCGGCUUAGUCAUGCUGGCCACAUGACCCGGAAGCUGUACGCCAGCUCCCUCGGCCAGUAAAGCGAGAUUAGCGCCGCAACCCCAGAGUCGGCCACAACUGGACCUAAUGGUCAGGGGUCCCUUUACCCUUUACCUUUUAAGAACUCUUCUUGUUGUCUACUCCUUGGCUGCCCACCGUGGGAGGGAUCAGAUUCCCUUGAAGCCUGACAGCAUCCCACUGGUGUGUCUGCCAUGAUGGCAAGGUUUCUGUUCUCCCGCAGUCGUCACGCCUUCGAUACUGGAUUGCGCCCUGAAUGUCACAUCAAGUCAAUGCCUCUCUGCAGUUCUCUUCCAUAAACACUGGUUUCACAGCAGCAUUUCCCCCUUCUUUCAGGAUGAGGAAAAGAGCCUACGAUAUCGCCGUGGGACUCAUCAGGAAGCCGCUGCCCUUCCGACUACCCCCACCCCCUGA